UUUUGUUGCGAAAAUGGAGGGGCUCUUAUCAUUUUCGCCUUGGCAUCUGCUGAUAAUUUAUCAGCAGAAACCCACAGUGAAAAACAGUGUCAACUAAUUUACACAAAUUGGAUCAAUUGAUAUUAUCGCUUAUUUUUGCCAUUAUUGUUUUAGCGUAUGAGCGGUUAAAAUAAUUAUAUAUUUCUAUUGGUUGUCUAGAUUCGUGAUUUCUAAACCAGGACCAACAAAGUUGUGUAAAUAUUUAAAUCUUUAGGUAAAUUUGAAGGCAUUGAAAUGGCGCUUGAGAGAGCCAAGGUCAGUAAAAAUUAUAAUUAUUUUCAUUAGGCCUAUUUAAUUGUACUAUUUUAUUUAAUUUAUUUUUUUUGUUUUUACUCAUAAAAAUGAUGGAGGACAUUAGUAAAAUUAAGUUGAUGAAGUACUGAGUUAAUUUCUAUACAUUAAUAACAGUGGUUUUUGUAUGCAUGAUUUUCUCUUGCUUGAUACUUGGGUACAAAGAAGUAUCAAUGAAUCAAUGUAUGAAAUGUAUGAAAAUUAUUUAAUAAAUAUGAAUUCAUUUGAAUUUGAGCUAUAUCGUAAUAUAUCCCCUUUUAUUAGGCAGUCUAGCUGACUGCAGGCUCACUGGAGGUAAAAUUAGGGGGUGGCAAUUUCCAUAGGUAAACUCUCAAUCAUUUAAACAUGCAUGUAGCAUACUGUUUUGUGUAUAAGACAUGUUUUUCUACCAAAUUUAUGCUGUAUACUGUAUAAUUAAUUCGGUUUUCAAUAUAUUUUCGGAAAGACUGUGUAUACCAACAGAAAUUAUAAAUUAGAAUAACUUUUUAUAUAAUAUAUGUUAGUAUGUUACACUCGUUCAGGCCUCAGAGGUGCAGAUAGUUUCCCCAUGAGCUUGCCAUUUAAAUAAGCUUUAUAGACUAGAAUUAACCUAAUUAAUUAUUAAAUGAUUAUUGUGUUCCUCUAUUUAAAUAGGACUAUUUUAAUUUAAAUUUGAUUUAGUCAAAUUACUAAUUGGGGAAGCAUAUUCUUAACAUUGCUUCAAAAAAGGUAGAUGUCAUAUAAUUAGCAUGUACUUAUUUGAUGCUGAUAUAAUUGGAAAAUUUGAGUCUGUCACCCUAUUUCAUCUUCUUUUUUAAGCUAUUGAAAAUAAUACCACAUUUCAAAUGAUCAUUUCUUUAUAAUCUUAAAUAACUCUUUAAAAAAAACAACCUCUAAGUUCUGAAUUUUUUUUUCCUUUUGCAGACUAUGAUCUUAAAUAUUUGUUCCAAAAUAACUUUGUAGUCUUGUUCUUGAAAUCAAUAAUUUUUAUUUUUUCAAUAUUAAAUUAUAUUCUUCAGAGCCUUGCAGAAUUAAUAUUCUAUUUACAUUUAUUCAAUUUUAGCUUUGUGAAACGCCUGUGUACAGCAGCAGUAAGGUGAGAGGCCUUCCUGGCCUGCCACCGCUUCCAGCUGAGGGCAGCAGAGAACCAUCUGACUUGUACAAAGUAAGUCUGACAUAUUUUAAUGAGGUGUUUAUCAAUGGCAUCAUGUUGCUAAUAAUGAGCUCUGUUUGAGAAUCUGUAGCCAAUGGUCUGCCUUGCUUCUUAGGAUCCCUGGUCAGCUGUGGCCUAGGGUAAUUGGGUAUAAGGAAAUGGAAUCACUUAGGUGAUGCUAAGUUUAAUAUUUGGUACAAUUUGUCUCACUUUGCCUUUAAGAUAAUCAAUGCUCAGUGCAUUUAGUCUUUUUAUCUCAUACAUAGGAGUUCAGUUGAAAAUGCCAGGCUUGACCUGGAUUUGAACACGCACUCAAAUUUGUUGAUCCCAUGAAAUGACAACACCACCUCUAGCAUCUUGAACUAUUGUAUUUUUAAUUAGCAAGUCCCCCCCCCCCAUGUUCUCCCACCAAUCCACCACCCCCACCAACCAAAGUUAUUCAUAAGUUUUGUAUGAAAGUAUCUCUCCCUCAAAGCUUUGAAAAUGCCAAGCUUGAACUGGAAUUGAACACGCACUCAAAUUUGUUGAUCCCAUGAAAUGACAACACCACCUCUAGCAUCUUGAACUAUUGUAUUUUUAAUUAGCAAGUCCCCCCCCCCCCAUGUUCUCCCACCAAUCCACCACCCCCACCAACCAAAGUUAUUCAUAAGUUUUGUAUGAAAGUAUCUCUCCCUCAAAGCAGUAUGUAGUGGGAAAGUACAAGACAUUUAUUUGUAAUUUUUUUCAAGUUGUGUUUUGCAAUGUCUGUAUCUAAAUACAACAGAGGUAAGUUUUAUUUUUUGCAUGAAAUAACUGUUAUUUUUUGUUCAUGUAUUUCAAAUAUAUUAUUUCAGAUUGUAUUGCGGAACAGUGAGCAUCCUCCUCUCAUGAAAAGCACAUCAUGGACAUUAGCAGCUCCCUUUAAAGAACAAAAAUUUGACAGAACCCCAAGUGAAUCCAUUGCAAAUGUAUAUACCCCAACAGCAAGCAAUCUUAAAUUGAAAGAUUUGCCAAAACUAUACAGAGGAAAAACGAAAGGUAUCUCUAUUUUGUAGACAUUUUCAUUAUUAUUAAAUUGCUUUUUAAACUUCAGCCUUAUUUAAAAGGAUAUACUAAUGAAAAUUCAUUUAACAGUAAAGUCUACAAGAUAUUAUAUAAUUUAUUACCUUUUUUUCAGUGUUUGAUUUACCUCCCAUAGAGAUCAGUGGUAUGUCAUCUCGAAAUUUCCUUCACUGCUUCAUUCUUUAGACUUGCACUAGUGGAAAAAAUUUCUUUUUCUCUGUCUUAAGCACAAUUUUUUUUUCCAAAUAAUUGCUAUCAUUGUACUAACUUUAAAUGAUACAAUCAUUAAUAAAUAAUUAGUUAAUAAUAGGGAGAAUGCUGUUUAACAAUCUUAGAAUAAUAUCUUGAGACUGUUGUAACAAUUAAGUUCUAUAUCUUUUGUGUUUAACCUUUGACUCCUUAUAAUAUUAUAUUAACAAAUGGUUUAACUUUUUAUGCUCAUACUAUUUGGCAAAUAUUAUGUUCUGUACAAGGGAAUAUUUUUUGUAAAUAUUAUUUUUCUUGUAAAUACUAAUUUAUAGAUUGUGAUUUAUGCUUGUUUUCACAAAGUGUACUUAAGGCAUAAAUCCAAUUUUAACGGACGUAAUAAUUUAUUUUCAACAACAAUUUUCAUUUGUUUUAACUUUCAGUUAAAAGGUUACAUUUUUUUAACAAUAAUAAUUCUGAUUAGCGCUUUAAAAAAAAAAUAAUCUCAAGGUAUUAUUACUAAUAUGGAUGCAUCUAUUGAUUUAAAUGUCUUAAAUUUAUCAUCAUAUUUUUGUUAAAUAAAUAUUACUUUUGAUUAAAAAUUUAAAUACUAAUCCAAACUGGUGUUAAAUUUUGAUUGAUAAUAAUGUACUUUUCCAGUUGAACAUUUACCAAGUGCCAGGAAGCUCAAGGCCAUAAGUAAACUUUUUAGAAUUGAUGAGUAAGUCUUCUUUAUUUAUAAGAAUAAUUUCAUGUCCAUAAUUGCAGAGGCUAUAUUAAAGAAAAAAAUUUCAUUUAAGUUGUAAGAAGAAAUUAUCAAAUUGAUAAAUUAUGUAUAAAUAACAUUUUUGUUUGAAAAAGCCCUACAAUGCCAUUUCAAAAUAUAAUGCGAUCUUUUAAUCUUGUUCCGUAAUAAUUCGACUUGAAUUAACAUAAUAAAUAAUUAUUUUUAAUAAAAAUACAAAAAUCCUUUAAAAUUUUAGAAUAUUUAAAAUAAACUGUGGUCUUACCGAUACAACUAUGCUAAUAUCCUAUCAAAGGGGCGCUACUUAAAUUACUUCUGUUGUGCGCAGAUAUGAUGUGUGCUUGGCCACAGAAUGUUUUGGCCAAGAAGAUUUUGCUGCAUGGGUAUUAGUCUAUGUCAUUAAAUUUUGUACACAUGCAUAUAAUGCGAAACCCUACUUUAAAGAAGCAUGUUUUACUCAAAAUUCUCUCAUUAUACUCUGUAAUGUACAAUAAUUUUUUUAUUUCAGUCAAGAUUCUAGCUUGACAAGCCAGGCCCCUAGUCGACCUUUGACCCCAACAGAGCAAAUUGAUAUCAUGAUGGCCAUACAAAAUGAACAAUCCAAAGAUACACAUGAACCUACAGAAAGAGAUUUAGAAGUGAGUUACAAUGUUGUACCACUCAAUGGUUUUCACCAUUGCACAUUUCAUAACUAAGUUUAAUGUUGAACCUUUUGGUAAUAAAAUGCAUAUUAGAUAGUAAAUUUUAUUUUCUGGGGCUUUCAAAUAAUAGGUAAGGAAUAUAAGCCUUCUAAAUAAAUGAAAGCAAAUAGGCAGAACAAUUACUAUAUGAUGAACCCAUGCAAGAGUAUCUUAUCAAAAAGAUAAAAAUAAACAAAUAUAUUUCUGUAACCGAAAACAUUUGUUAAUUUAUUUGUUAAAAUAUGUCAUCUUCUUCGCUUAUUAAGUCUAUGUCAGUGAAAGUGUUCCAAAAUACUUUAUACAUUUCUAUAUAUUUUAGUGUGUGAUAACACAGCCUGAUUAAUUUAUACUCUGAUGUAGCGCUACUAUUAUUAUAUACGGAAAGGCAUAGCGCCAACCAUGCUGGCUCCACAGCCCAGCCAACAGUUAAAAAACAUUGAGAGGAUGGUACCACCAAAUCUCCUCCAGUCCAAAGUCUUACAACAUCUGUGCAAUGAUUUGAGGUUGGAAAUAGCCAAUGACUAUGAGAUGAGUGCCAGAAAGAGUAUAGGUUCGUUAUUAUUUUUUCAAAACUGUGUGUGGCGUUAAAAAGAAGUUAAAAUAUCUAACCAAAGAAAAAAUACUGAUAUUCAAAUAUUUUGAGCUAUUUCAAGCAAAAAAUGUUUAAAGCAAUAAUGUUAUUUGUUAUUGAAGCAGUUGUCAUUUAGAAUAAAGAUUAAAUUUUACAAAACAAGGCUGAAGACAUUGUACACAUUUUUCAAAGUUAAUAUUUUUAUUCCAUUCACCUAUCAAUUACUACUCUCUGUAUGAUAAUAAAUUUGAUACUUUAUUUGCACUGGUGAACAUUUGUUUGAUAUGGUGCUAAAAAGUUGUUUUUUUUAGGGUGAAUUAAUACAUUUUUACCAUUAUAUUUAAUACAGUAGGAUUUUCUUCAAUUUUUCUUUCAGUGGACUAUAUUUUACAAGAAGAAUCUGAAAAGAAAAGACUUCACAUUGAAUGGAUACCAAAGUCAUUUCCACAAAAGUUAGUCCCAGAAAAUUUAUAUUGAAUUUUGAAUGUUCCAUUAAGGUUGUGCUACAUAAGGGAUCUGGGUAUAUUAAAAACAAUAUUAACGUCUCAUUACAUUUUGUUUACAUGUAAGACUCUUAAUUUUGUACCAAAUAUAGGUUUUAAAAAUAUCUCUUUCUAAUACAUUCAUGCAAAUUCAUUUGUUAAACUCCCAAUGAAAUACUCUUAAAGGCAAAAUGAAUGUUAACCUCUCUUAAACAGGAGAUAUUUUUUGUUUAAUUUACUGUUUAUAAUUUCUGUUUUAUUUUCAACUUCACAGAGUAAUUCGUGCCCCAGUUCCAUGGCACACCACUUUUAUGGCCAGGAAGUCAUUCAAUGAACAACAUUUGUUUAUCACCAAUCCAGUCAUGUUAAAGUUGCAAAACUUGUGGUUUAAUGAGUAAGGCAUCAUCUUUAUUUUGUAUAGAAUUUAAAAGAGCAUCUUUAAUCCAGAUAUCGAGGCCAUGUUAGGUAUUAAUGGAAUUAUGUUUGCUUGGCUAUGAUAUGCAAAUUAAGGUGAAUAAAAUCUGAUAGCUGUUUUACCAUGUUUCAGAUUUUGCCACCUGCGCUUUGUAAACCCAGAAGUGCUCCUCAAGGCAGAGUUACCUCUCUUGCCUCAGGAGUUUGAAUCCCUUGUCAAGACGCAGUGCUGGGAAGCUCAUGAGUUUCUCAGAAAAACGUAAAGAACACUUUCAUGAUAUAUUGACUGAAUCGUUUAUUUACAUUUAUGGGAUUUGGGGAAUUUCAACAUUAUGAGUAGGUGUUAGCAAAAUAGAGUAAUACAUAAGAAAAGCAAGAAAUAUUUACAUAACAAAAUUUAAAUAAAAAUUAAAUCAAUAGAAUUUUAUUUCCUGGAUGAGCAAUUUUUAUUUUGUAGUGGUGAGGUGAGGCCUGGGUCAGUUGUUUAAAGAUUCAAUAGGAAAAUCUGUGGAUAUAUAUUAUAAGUAUUGACAUAAAAAUUAGGAUUGUUUAGUGUUGUUACCAUUACAAAUUCAUCGGCUUUAAGAUGUGACUAGUUUUUUUUUUUACAAUACAUAACAAAGGAUUGGAAACCGGUAUACAUAGAAAAAAGAUACUAAAGCUAGUGAUAUUAACAUUAUUCAAUUUAAUUAUACUAUUAAAUGUUUAUUAAGAAUACAAAAUCAAUUAAGGAGUAAUAAAAACUAGAUAAACUUACAGCACAGCAUAUGAAAAAGCACAAUCCUUGUAAGUUACAAAUAUUAAAAUACACAUACAAAUAUAUAAAUGGAAUCUUGUAAGUAUAAUAUGUUGCGUAAAUGUCUAGGAAAUACAGCAAAAGCUGCAGCCUUAUUUAUAGGGAGAAAGUUGGAAAAGCAUUUUUUGAAAUUGCAUCACCCCGAUUGCAUUCUUUAGAACAAAUUAAAAUGUUUUUAAAUGUUAACAACCUUUUCCCAAUCCAGAGAGGGGUGGGUAAAAAGGGUUGGUGCUACACAUUUAAUUGGUGGCGUCAAUAUCAAAACUAUAAAGGGGGGAGGGGAGGUAAGAUUGAAUGCCAUGGCUUGUGGUGAAGAAAAACUAGGUCAAGACACAGGCUCUAACGGUUAGAUCAUUGGGAGAUCUUUUGUUCUACUAAUAGAAAAAGUGUUGGACAUUAUAUGAUGUGCCAGUCAGAGUUGUAACAAAAAUGUGCAGAAUCUUUAGUUGCAAAAAUGCAUUCUUAAAAUUUAAAAUCUAAAUCUAAACUGCAGCUGGAUCCCAUCAUGUGCCAAAGUGUUUGUGGAUUACAAGGAGGUGUGGCAGGAUUUAGUUCCACCUGGCGAGUAUGACAGCACAGAUUUGAUACAAGAAUUCUUCUCUUGUGUCGCAUCUCUUAUGUCACUUCAGCUCCGCUCCAUGGUAAUCAACUCACUGGCCGAUUUUCUCAACUUUUUCCGACGUCAUGAGGUAAUUCUAAGACAAUUUAAAAUUUUCCAUUUAUGAAUCAUUUCAAGUUAAUAUAAAUAUUUAUUAUUUUUAAUUUUUUAAAGCUCAAGUUGCCAAUGGUUUAAAAUUGUAUUUUUUUCUCACAAUAAAGGCUGGCAAUGAUUUUGGAGAACACUAUGAUGACUUGUCGUACACAGAAAAGCAAGUGAUGAUUGUUAAACUGAAGAUUGAAGAGCCCAAAAUUAUAUUUGAACCUACAUUCCGAGAACUAAGGGACAUAAUUCUCAGGUGUUUCUCCGAAAUAAUCGCCAGUGGUGAAGGACUAACAAGGGUAAGUUCGAACAGACACAUAAUUAGUAAUAUUUAUUCAAAAAAUUUAUUCAAUGAUCUUAACUAUUUAAAUGUAUUCUGUAAGUGAAAACAUCAAAUAUUUAAUGCUGAUGAGUUGUCUUGAAACAGUGGUUCUCAAGAGAACCAUAUUGUAAAAAUCAUAGCAUUUCAAAAUUGACAUUGUACAUUUUUGAUGUGGAAAUACUGAAUUUUAGGACAAUUUGAUAUCAUUGUUAAUGUUUGGCUUGUGAUGAAUAGGGUAGAAAGAGUUUGUUAAAAAUAGGAUCCAUUUGAAGAUCUAUGUUUUCAAAACAUUUGUCAUUGGCUAGAACCCCUCAGUCCUGAGAGAUUGACAGAAUCAGUAAAUUAAUUUUCUUGAAGGUGGAGUGUGAACUUUUUCCAGACAUGAGAGGCCAUCGUCUUCUACUGAGAUCUGUCAGGAUAGAUGAGAGUCUGGUGACAGACUAUGUGGACAGGGCUAUGGAAAUCUUUAGGAUAAACAUCAUUGGACCACAGAAGUAUGUGAUGGUGGGGAAUGUAUCAGCGCACAUAUAUAAUGGUGGGAAUAUGAUCAGACCUUAAAUCUAUGUUAUGGUAUGUUUAUCAGAGCAUGAAGAUAUUUUAAGAGAUCGGUUAAAAAGCUUCAAAAUGCUCAAUAAAUAACAAUCUUGUCCUUUUAUGGAUUUCUUUAUACAGGUAUCUGAAUGAGUAUAAAAGCUAUGCUGACUUGUUGAACAACAAAGCAGAUCAAGAUGUCUCUGCAUUCUUGAGAGACAAACAUUCUAUCACAGCAUUUAAAGUAGUGAGUUUUCAAUGAAACAAUCUCUUUAAUAAAUGUGUCUAAGUGAUGAAAAUCAAUUAUUUUAGAGAAAAAAAAAUCUGCGUACAUCACAUUUAUUAAAAUUCUUGAAAGAAAUUGACAGUUUGAUAGUUUUUAAAGCUAUGAAACAUUUUUUCCUUUGAAUAGAAAAUAGACUCCUAUCAAAAGUUGAAAGAUGAAAUAGCGUCCAUGAGAGUUACUGCCCCUCUAUCUAUGUUUUGUCUGGACUGUGUCAACUUAAACAAUGACAUGUGCUUGCGAGCCCAGCGUCUCAGAGACAGACUAGUGGUCUUUGUGGUUGAUGAGAACAGGGAUCUGAAUAGAACGUAAGUGUCUCUUACAAUUAAAAUUGUUUGUUUCUUUGAAUAUUUAUUCCCCAAUUUGAAAAUUUAUUUAUUUUGCCCAACAAUAACAUUGUUGAAAUUCAUAAUCAGGUAGCACUUUUAAGAAUAUAUAGAAAUCAUUAAAAUUUAGUGUUAUCUGCAAAAUAUAACAUUAUUUUGUACUUUUCAUUACUAUAACAAUUCUUCAGGUUGUGCAAAAGUUAUGAAGAGAUACAUGAUAGAGUACAAGUGGUUCCUGAUUCAACCAAAGAUUUGGUGGACUUACAAGACUUCCUCAAAACUGUGAGUAUGUUUAGAACUGGUGGAAAAUUAGGUUCUGUGGAAAUACAUCUUAUUUAUGUAAAUUAGAAAUUCUUUUCUUUACUUGCAAAAUUCAACAAUGAUAAUGCUAUGAAUACAACAGUAUUAAUAAUUUGGCAUUUUUAAAACACUUUUCUUAUCAUUAAUUCUUAACCAAUUUUGUAAAGCUUUGUUUUACAUCUAUUGAUAUUUUAUUGAUCUUUGAUUGACCAGUGAUGGAAAUAAAUGCUGUGAAAAUUUGAUAGCACAAAUUAAGUGUUAGCAGAAAAUAAUUCCCUGCUUUUCACGUUUUUCCAGGUUUGAAAUAAUUGAUAUUUGAAAAACUUGUUUUUGUCUGAUUUAAAAAAAAAACAAUUUGUAAGAAUUUACAGAGCAAAAUGGAUAUUUUAUUUUGUUUCAAAUUUGCAUUUUUAAUGAAAAAUGUUUUGUGUAUUUCCUCAGUCAUCCGAUGUGACAGUUUACAAACUACAAGACAAAGUGACAGAAGCCGGUCACCGAUUGAUGUUCCUCCUAGAUUAUGCUGAUUUCCCAUGUAAGCUUAAAACAUUUUUUUUGUGUGGAUUUAUAAUCUUCAUGACUGAAGUCCAUUUUAAAUACUUGUAAAUGAAAAAGUUGUGUUUUUUAUUGAUGAAACAUUUUUUUCACCAAAACAGAGAUUAGUCAAUGGGAAUUAGUCUUAAGUUCAUUUGAUGAAAAUUCAGUCUAUGUUAAUUUAAUUUGCUGCUAAAGUUCCAGCCCACUAUGGAUACUGGGUAAUUCAUCUGCAGUGGCUGCUCUGACCCAGGGGGUAUGCAUGGCAGAACUGCCAUAAUGUCAGGUGUAAGUGAGGGAUCAUGAUUUUACCUGUAACUAAAUGGUUUGAAAUGUGAACUGAGAUCAUCCAAUCAAUGAUAAAAUUAUGCACUAGUCUCACUAUUCUUUUCUAAAACCUUAGUGUCAUUAAUAUUUACUUUGUAUUGGAUUUAAAUUAUGUAAAGUCCCCUUUAAACUGGUGAGAGAGAUCACCCAUAAAUCUCACUUUAAAUUGGUGAGAGAUAGAGAGCAUCUGUAAAUCUCAAUUUAAAUUGGUGAGAGAUAGAGAGCAUAAUAUGUAAAUAUCACUCUAAAUUGGUGAGAGAUAGAGAGGAUCUGUAAAUCUCACUUUAAAUUGGUGAGAGAUAGAGAACAUCUGUAAAUUUCACUUGGUGAGAGAUAGAGAGGAUCUGUAAAUCUCACUUUAAAUUGGUGAGAGGAAGCAUCCGUAAAUCUCACUUUAAAUUGGUGAGAGAUAGAGAACAUCUGUAAAUCUCACUUUAAAUUGGUGAGAGGAAGCAUCCGUAAAUCUCACGUUUUAGUAAUACUUGAGUUAUUGGGAGUGUGGAUAUAUGGGACAGGUUUGGGUGAGUGGUUGGUGGGACAAUGAAGAGUUGGUACUUAGGCCUGUCUUUGUUUGAAAAUGAUUACCAUAUGAUUCUGCUGGAUUAAAUUCCUAUCUUAUUGACACAAAUUUUAUUGGACAAGAAAACCCAGACCUUGGUUAAAAUCUUGAAUGUGUUGUGAGUUAUUGACAUUCUCAUAAAUUUCUUCUGAAUUUUUCACACUAUUUUUAUCUAACAGCGUUGGUUUUUCCAUAUAAUUUUUAAAAAAUAUUUACUAAUAACAAAUAAUAUAAUUAGGUCAACCCCUAUCCCUUUCAGAAGUAUUUUAUUUUAAUGAUAAGUUAUUAAUAAUUUCAAAAAACUGUGCAUGUCUCAGAUGAAGACAUCAAGUUGAAUACAGUGACCUUUCACUGGCCACUUCAUAUUGUUUCCAUUCUGGAUCAUGGCCAAGGAAGGAUUAUGAACAAGAGGGAUCAAAUCGAGGAGGAGCUCAAGAAACGAGUGGCUGCCUUCGAAGUCAAGAUUGACAGCUACAUGAAGGAGGUGGAGUCUUUCAAAAAGAAGGAAGUGAGUCAACCAGGCCAUGACAGUUGAACUUAAAGAUUUGAACUUUAUUCAGUUCAAUCAUUUCACAUUUAAUUAAACAAUCUCUAUCAGAGCCAUGCAGAUUUUUGGGCCCAGAGAAAUCCAAAUUUUGGUCCCCCACAAAUUUUAUCUAUCAUUUUUAUGCUGUACUUGUGAUUUACUGGGUUGUCACAGACUCUGCACAACCCUGAGUCUAAUUUUUCUAUAAGUAGCCAACCAAAUUUGUCCCUCAUAAUCAAAAUACCAAAUAAUUCAGUUAACCCCGAUUGCUUCAUUUAAAGGUAUAUUAGAAGUUGAUCAAUUUCUACAUUAUGUAUAUAUCAAUUUAGUAAAUGUUUUCAUUAGGUAUAUAUUUUUACCAGUUUGGUCAAUUUACACAUUUAGAUAUAUAUAUAUCUAUUAUGUUGGUCUAUGUUCAUGAUUAAAUCAAUUUUUCAGUUCAUGAGUUCGGAAGAGAUGAAGAACAAUGUGGACACCUUGACCCAGCUACAUGAGAAUUUGGAAGCAGCCAGAUUUGAGCUGGAAGGUCUGCAGGAUGAGGAGAAACUUUUAGAAUGGGAGAUAACUGACUUCCCUCAGUUGUCACAAAUGUUUCAAACCAAAGAACCCUACGACAAACUCUGGAGAACAGCUUACAACUUUUACCUCAAGAAUGAGAUGUGGACACACGGUAAGUGAAUCUCACAUUAAAAUGGGGUGUUACCCGCCACAAUCAAACGUAUUAUUAAUCAAUUUUAAACUUAUCUCUGUAUAUAUGAGGUAAAACAAUUUUAUCUUCAAGAUUUAAUAAAAGAGUUUCAAAUUUAUGUUCUCAGUAAAUAAAGUGAAAGUGUGAAAAACAUUGUUUCCCUAUUUGCUUUUUUUUGUGUGUGUGUGUGCUCCGGGUGGAGUUGCUUCCCCUUGUGGUGUGUUUGGUGAAGGUUUGCUUCCCCUUGUGGUGUCUUGGGGGAAGGGUUGCUUCCCCUUGUGGUGUCUUGGGGGGAAGGGUUGCUUCCCCUUGUGGUGUAUUUGGUGAAGGGUUGCUUCCCCUUGUGGUGUCUUUUGGGAAGGGUUGCUUCCCCUUGUGGUGUGUUUGGUGAAGGGCUGCUUCCCCUUGUGGUGUCUUUGGGGAUGGGUUGCUUCUCCUUGUGGUGUGUUUGGUGAAGGGCUGCUUCCCCUUGUGGUGUCUUUGGUGAAGGGUUGCUUCCCCUUGUGGUGUCUUUGUUGAAAGGUUGCUUCCCCUUGUGGUGUCUUUGGUGAAGGGUUGUUCUCCUAUUGUUUCCAUAAGAAUCUCUUUACUUGUAACAUCUGAUCAUUCUUCCAGACAUUUAAUUUCAAGGCCAUUAUUUAAUUUUGUUCAUUUUACAUAGUAACUAAUUAUUUAAAACAAGUUCUUGUGCAGUAUUUAAAAUGUGCCCAUGAAACAAACCAAUAUUUCUCCUUCAAACUGUUUCUCUUUCUAGCCCCAUUCAAGAAUCUGAACUCUGAGGCUCAUGAAACACACCAAUAUUUCUCUAUCAAACUGUUUCUCUUUCUAGGCCCAUUCAAGAAUCUGAACUCUGAGGCUCAUGAAACACACCAAUAUUUCUCUAUCAAACUGUUUCUCUUUCUAGGCCCAUUCAAGAAUCUGAACUCUGAGGAGAUUGAAAAUGAAGUUAGCGAGAUGUGGCGUACAAUGUACAAACUGACCAAGUCAUUUGCUGACCAGCCAGGACCACGCCACAUUGCCAACAGUGUCAAGACAAAGAUUGACAAGUUCAAGAACAACAUGCCGAUCCUCCAGACCAUCUGCAACCCCGGCAUUAGAGACCGGCAUUGGGACCAGGUCAGUUGGAAUAUCAUAGAUUGUAUUUACUGUUUUUUACGAGAUCAAUAAAUUUGUAGAGACAAACUUUUGGGUCACACACUGUAUCCUAUUAGACAAGAUUGAUGAAAAAAAUGUGUUUAUUUUUUUUUUAGAUGAGUGACAUUGUGGGAUUUGACAUCCGACCUCAAAAGGACACUUCACUUUCCACCAUGUUAGAAUAUGGAUUGCAAAAACACCUGGCCAAGUAAGGUUUCUAUCUUUAUGUACAUGGUUUUUCUCUUAAAUAUUAUGUAAAAUAAACCUCAAACUAAUUUAUAUAGAUCUAGCAAUGAUGGGAUGAAACUUUUAUAAGGAUUAAAAAGAAAAACACAGGAACUGCUUUACACAAAAUUAUUGAACACAUUUCAAAGAUAAUUUUCUAGGUUAGGUUGACUUGAUUAGGUUGAUUGGCCAGAUCUUUAGGGAACCAUUUUAAUGUAAUGCAUGUUUUUCAUGUUUCAGACUCGAAGAGAUUGGUGGCAGUGCAGCCAAAGAAUACUCCUUGGAGAAGGCUCUGACCAAGAUGAAGGAUGACUGGAAAGACUUGAGAUUUGAUCUGGUCCCUUAUAGAGACACAGUAAGUUUGAUGUACUUUUUAGCUUCUUGGCUCUUCUUUACAGGCCAGCAGAGGUUUUGCGAUUUUUGCCCUAACGGUGUAAAUUGGAUGCCACUGUAGAUGAGAUUGUUUUUUUCCCUAGUUUAAAAAAGCGUGAUACCUACAGACUGGGGCAGAUUUUUCAACAUCUGGAAUUAAGUAUGGUUCUCACAGGCUUUCUUUUUUUAAAAACAGAAAUGCUUAAAAAUUAAUUAAUUAAAAAUGUAUUUGCUAGGAAGCACAACUAGUCAGUUUCUUCUGGAUCUGAGUUGACGAAAAUUUACUCUUUGUAUGUGGUUUUAGUGUACAAUUGGGCAAAUAUGUGUUAGAUAGCCCACUAUUGGUCAUCAAAUCUAUUAUGAGUUGAAUUCAUAGAUUAAACAAAAUUUAAAUGUUUCUGAAACUUUUCUAUCAAAUUAUAUGGAAUAAUAGUUAAGAUGAACACAAAAGUUAAUUUGUACGAGCCGUCAUAAACUGAUUAUCGUAUUGAUAGCAGUCUUAAUUACAUGUUGUUUUUUUUGUGUGUCAUAGGGUGUGAGUAUUUUGAGUGCCCUAGAUGACAUUCAGGCACUUCUUGAUGACAACAUCGUCAAGGCACAGACCAUGAGAGGCUCUCCCUACAUUAAACCAUUUGAAACUGAGAUGAAACAAUGGGAAGAGAAACUGGUUCUCAUGCAGGACAUAAUUGAUGAGUGGCUCAAGGUAAGUCAUGUAAUUGAUGAGUGGCUCAAGGUACGUCACAUAGUUGAUGAGUUGCUCAAGGUAAGUAACAGAAUUUAUGAGUGGCUCAGGGUUAGGGACAUAAUUGAUUUGUGGCUCAAAGUAAGGGACAUAAUUGAUUUGUGGCUCAAGGUAAGGGACAUAUUUGAUGUGGCUCAAAGUGAGGGACAUAAUUGAUUUGUGGUUCAAGGUAAGGGACAUAAUUGAUGAGUGGCUCAAAGUAAGGGACAUAAUUGAUUUGUGGCUCAAAGUAAGGGAUAUAAUUGAUUUGUGGUUCAAGGUAAGGGACAUAAUUGAUUUGUGGCUCAAGGUAAGGGACAUAAUUGAUUUGUGGCUCAAUGUAAGGCACACAAUUGAUGAGUGGUUCAAAGUAAGGGACAUAAUUGAUUUGUGGUUCAAGGUAAGGGACAUAAUUGAUGAGUGGCUCAAAGUAAGGGACAUAAUUGAUUUGUGGCUCAAGGUAAGGGACAUAAUUGAUUUGUGGCUCAAGGUAAGGCACACAAUUGAUGAGUGGCUCAAAGUAAGGGACAUAAUUGAUUUGUGGCUCAAAGUAAGGGACAUAAUUGAUUUGUGGCUCAAGGUAAGGGACAUAAUUGAUUUGUGGCUCUAGGCAAGGGACAUAAUUGAUGAGUUGUUUGAGGACAUGACAUUCAAUUUAAGAAAUCAGAUACUUACUAAAGGGAUUUUUAAAAGAAAAUUAAACAGCUUUGUUUGUUUUUCAAAAUUAAUUAAUUUUGUAUAUAAUGUUGAGACUGAAAAUAAAUGUCAUUCCAGGUGCAAGCUACUUGGCUUUAUCUUGAGCCAAUUUUUAGUUCUGAAGACAUCAUGGCCCAGAUGCCGGAGGAAGGUCGCAAGUUUGGAAUAGUGGACAGUUACUGGAAGGACAUCAUGAAAGAAACCAAGCAGGUAGUGUAACAAUUUGUUGUCUUUCAAAGAUGAGAAGGUCACUCUUUCAUUGGCAGGUCAUGUCAAUAUGGUUGGUCGUGAAGGUCAUUCUGUCACUGGCAGGUCAUGUCAAUGUGGGUCAGUCGUGAAUGUCAUUCUGUCAUUGGCAGGUCAUGUCAAUAUGGGUCGGUCGUGAAGGUCAUUCCAUUGGUCAUUGAUAUAAAACUAACUGAAACUUUCAUACCAAGCUCAAGUCAGUGGACCAUGACUGUUUAAAGGAAUUGAUAUAAGACUUUCCAUUGGUCAAUAAUCACUGUGAUUAGUUUUUUUGCUCUUCUUGUUGUGCUUUUGCUGUCGUUUCUGUUUGAGCAAGUUUUUAUCCAAUCACACUGUUGAUAUAUUCUUUAAUUUUACCACAGAUUCAGUAGCUAUAAUUAUUUUGUAUUUACAAAAUCCUAGAAUGACAUUAAAAUACAAACUCUUGUGUUUUUAAUCAGCGAUGUGCAUGAUUAAAUGAAACUAUCGGCUGAAAAUAUUGAUUUAUUGAACAGAACACAAACUGCCUUGUGGCCACUGGACAGAGCAACAUGUUAAGUCGACUACGAGAGGCCAAUACUUUGUUGGAGGAUAUUCAGAAAGGACUCAAUGCUUAUCUGGAGAAGAAACGGUUGUACUUCCCAAGGUGAGAGAUUUCAAAGUUACUUCACGUAUUUUAUGUCAUCAAUCAUCAAUGCUAUAUAUCAUCAGUGCUAUAUGUCAUUUAUGGUAUAUCUCAUCAGUGCUAUAUGUCAUCAAUCAUAUAUGUCAUCAAUCAUGUGUGAUAUCAGUGAUAUAUUUAAACAGUGAUAUAUGUCAUCAGUGAUAUAUGUCAUCAGUGAUAUAUGUCAUCAGUGAUAUAUGUCAUCAAAACAGUAUGUCAUCAGUGCAAUAUGUCAUCAAUGCUAUAUUUCAUCAAUGCUGUGAUCAAUGCUAUGUCAUCAAUCAUAUAUGCUAUCAGUGCUACCUGUCAUCAAUGAUAUAUGUCAUCAGUGCUAUAUGUCAUCAAUCCUACAUGAUAUCAGUGGUGAUAUAUGUCAUCAAUCCUAUAUGACAUCAAUGCUAUAUAUCAUCAAUGGUAUGUCAUUUGUGCUAUACAUCAUCAAUUCUAUAUGUCAUCAGUGCUAUAUGUCAUCAGUGCUAUAUGUCAUCAGUGCUAUAUAAUAUCAUUGAUUGUAAGAUUUUUAAACUGUUCUCAUUGUUAUUAAUAAAAAAUUUAUUUGUUUAAAAUAAUAUUUAUUUUAUUCAGUUUUCACAGUUAUUCUAGAUGUCAAUGACUUAACAAACAAACAUUAUUUUAAUGAUUACAAAACUAUACACUGGUGACAGAAUUGUAUACCUCUUCAUUGAUUAAACAAGUAUUCACACUGUCACUGAUCAUGCCUCUGACAGAUUCUUCUUCCUGUCCAAUGAUGAACUGCUGGAGAUAUUGUCAGAGACAAAAGACCCAAUGCGUGUCCAGCCACAUCUCAAAAAGUGUUUUGAGGGAAUCGCCAAAUUGGAUUUUACUGACAAUGAGGAAAUUAUUGGCAUGGUCUCUGCAGAAAAUGAAACAGUUCCAUUUUCAACGACCAUUUUCCCUGGCAAAGCGAAGGUGAUUACUGUCUUGUUAUUGAAAUACUUAGUUGUUGUCUUCCCUCAUUUGUGUUUGUUUAUAAAAAAUUCUUUUUUUUUUUUUACUGACUGUAUCUUUUCUUCUAAACUAUUUACAAGAACACAGGUCAUUGCAUUAAUUAUUGACAUCUUCUUGAUGCCAAAUGACAUCUGCUUGAUUCCAAUUGACAUCUGCUUGAUUUCAAUUGACAUCUGCUUGAUUCCAAUUGACAUCUGCUUGAUUCCAUUGACAUCUAUUUGAUUCCAAUGACAUUUGCUUGAUUCCAAUUGACAUCUGAUUGAGUCCAUUGACAAUAAUUUAUUCCAAAUACAUUUGCUUGAUUCCAAUUGACAUCUGCUUGAUUCUGUUGACAAAUAUUUGAAUCCAAUGACAUUUGCUUGAUUCCAAAGACAUUUGCUCGAUUCAAUUCUAAUGAACAUUCUGUUUACCAUAAGAUUUGGUUGUUUCUAAUUUCUUUUUCUACCCACUUACUAGAUGUUUGUUUUUUGUAAGGCUUUCGUAAAACUAACUUAAAGCAUUUGAAAAUAUAUCAAUAACCUCCAAUUUACAAAUCAAUAUCCCUCUAAUGUAUGUAUGUCUGAUGUUUGUCUGAUGUAUGUUUGAUGUUUGUCUGAUGUACGUCUGAUGUUUGUCUGAUGCUUGGCUGAUGUAUAUCUUAUCUUCCAUCACAAUUUUCUCUUGUCUAAUAGGGCACUUAAAAUGUUGGCAUGAACCAAGAUAACAUUUAAGAAUUUAAAGAUGCAUUUGAUACAAGAAAAGAAAAGUCAACAGUUAACAAUUCUUUAAUUUGUUCCUGUCUCAGGGCAUGGUGGAGAAAUGGCUGCUACAAGUGGAAGAUGUGAUGAUCAGCAGUUUGAGAAAAGUCAUCACUGACUCUAUCCACGCCUACAAGACAACACACCGCAAACGUUGGGUGGUGGAGUGGGCGGGUCAAGUCGUCUUGUGCGUCAGCAGCUUGUACUGGACAUCAGAAGUCACAGACUCCAUGAAAAAUGAUAAUGGGCUCAAGGUUUGUAGACAAACAUCAGACAUACAUCAGACAAACACCAGACAUACAUCAGACAAACACCAGACAUACAUGCUUUGUUGCUUUGAAAGUUUUAACGAUCUUGUUGACUGAAUACAAUAUAUGGUUACUCUGGGUCAGUGGUUUUUAACAUAUCUUAUGGAAAACUAAAACUGGAACAAUUACUUCACUCAACAUUCAAAUAUUUAUGAUGUGACAUUUCAAUCCAAAGUUCAAUUUAUGAGUUGUAAAUUUCAAUCCAGAGUUCAAUUUAUGUGUUUAACAUUUCAAUGGAGAGUUCAAUUUAUGAGUUGUAAAUUUCAAUCCUGAGUUCAAUUUAUGCGUUUAACAUUUCAAUGGAGAGUUCAAUUUAUGAGUUGUAAAUUUCAAUCCUGAGUUCAAUUUAUGCGUUUAACAUUUCAAUGGAGAGAUCAAUUUAUGAUGUGAACAUUUCAAUCCAGAGUUCAAUAUAUGAGUUUAACAUUUCAGUAGAGAGUUCAAUUUAUGAUGUGAACAUUUUAAUCCAGAGUUCAAUUUUUGAUGUAGGGCUUGAGUUGAACAUAUAAAAUAAUAUGGAGUACAAAAUUGUGUAUUUGGGUCAUAUAUGUGAAUUAAUUAUUAAUUCAUGGCUGGCCAAUUUUAUCUCCAGAUUUAUCUUGAAAGAUGUAAUCGACAAAUUGACCAAAUUGUUGAGUUGGUUAGAGGUAAACUGGAGAGUGGUACACGCAUCACGCUUGGAGCUCUCACCGUCAUUGAUGUCCAUGGUAAGCGUGUUUUAACUACUGAGCUUAUAAAACUGAUCUCUCACUGUCAUUGAUGUCCAUGGUAAGCGUGUUUUAACUACAGAGCUUAUAAAACUGUUCUCUCACUGUCAUUGAUGUCCAUGAUAAGCUUGGUUUAACUAAAGAGUUUAUGAAACUGUUCUCUCACUGUCAUUGAUGUCCAUGAUAAGCUUGGUUUAACUAAAGAGUUUAUGAAACUGUUCUCUCACCGUCAUUGAUGUCCAUGAUAAGCUUGGUUUAACUAAAGAGUUUAUAAAACUGUUCUCCUACUGUCAUUGAUGUCCAUGAUAAGCUUGGUUUAACUACAGAGCUUAUAAAACUGUUCUCUCACUGUCAUUGAUGUCCAUGAUAAGCUUGGUUUAACUAAAGAGUUUAUGAAACUGUUCUCUCAUCGUCAUUGAUGUCCAUGAUAAGCUUGGUUUAACUAAAGAGUUUAUGAAACUGUUCUCUCACUGUCAUUGAUGUCCAUGGUAAGCUUGGUUUAACUAAAGAGUUUAUGAAACUGAUCUCUCACUGUCAUUGAUGUCCAUGAUAAGCUUGGUUUAACUAAAGAGUUUAUGAAACUGUUCUCUCACUGUCAUUGAUGUCCAUGAUAAGCUUGGUUUAACUAAAGAGUUUAUGAAACUGUUCUCUCACCGUCAUUGAUGUCCAUGAUAAGCUUGGUUUAACUAAAGAGUUUAUAAAACUGUUCUCCUACUGUCAUUGAUGUCCAUGAUAAGCUUGGUUUAACUACAGAGCUUAUAAAACUGUUCUCUCACUGUCAUUGAUGUCCAUGAUAAGCUUGGUUUAACUAAAGAGUUUAUGAAACUGUUCUCUCAUCGUCAUUGAUGUCCAUGAUAAGCUUGGUUUAACUAAAGAGUUUAUGAAACUGUUCUCUCACUGUCAUUGAUGUCCAUGGUAAGCUUGGUUUAACUAAAGAGUUUAUGAAACUGAUCUCUCACUGUCAUUGAUGUCCAUGAUAAGCUUGGUUUAACUAAAGAGUUUAUGAAACUGAUCUCUCACCGUCAUUGAUGUCCAUGAUAAGCUUGGUUUAACUAAAGAGUUUAUGAAACUGAUCUCUCACUGUCAUUGAUGUCCAUGAUAAGCUUGGUUUAACUAAAGAGCUUAUAAAACUGAUCUCUCACUGUCAUUGAUGUCCAUGGUAAGCGUGUUUUAACUACAGAGCUUAUAAAACUGAUCUCUCACCGUCAUUGAUGUCCAUGGUAAGCGUGUUUUAACUACAGAGCUUAUAAAACUGAUCUCUCACUGUCAUUGAUGUCAGUGGUAAGCUUGGUUUAACUAAAGAGUUUAUAAAACUGAUCUCUCACUGUCAUUGAUGUCAGUGGUAAGCUUGGUUUAACUAAAGAGUUUAUAAAACUGAUCUCUCACUGUCAUUGAUGUCCAUGAUAAGCUUGGUUUAACUACAGAGCUUAUAAAACUGAUCUCUCACUGUCAUUGAUGUCCAUGGUAAGCGUGUUUUAACUACAGAGCUUAUAAAACUGAUCUCUCACCGUCAUUGAUGUCAGUGGUAAGCUUGGUUUAACCACAGAGCUUAUAAAACUGAUCUCUCACUGUCAUUGAUGUCCAUGGUAAGCUUGGUUUAACUACAGAGCUUAUAAAACUGAUCUCUCACUGUCAUUGAUGUCAGUGGUAAGCUUGGUUUAACUACAGAGUUUAUAAAACUGAUCUCUCACUGUCAUUGAUGUCAGUGGUAAGCUUGGUUUAACUACAGAGCUUAUAAAACUGAUCUCUCACCGUCAUUGAUGUCAGUGGUAAGCUUGGUUUAUCUACAGAGUUUAUAAAACUGAUCUCUCACCGUCAUUGAUGUCAGUGGUAAGCUUGGUUUAUCUACAGAGUUUAUAAAACUGAUCUCUCACCGUCAUUGAUGUCAGUGGUAAGCUUGGUUUAUCUACAGAGUUUAUAAAACUGAUCUCUCACUGUCAUUGAUGUCCAUGAUAAGCUUGGUUUAACUACAGAGCUUAUAAAACUGAUCUCUCACUGUCAUUGAUGUCCAUGGUAAGCUUGGUUUAACUAAAGAGUUUAUAAAACUGAUCUCUCACCGUCAUUGAUAAGCUUGGUUUAUCUACAGAGUUUAUAAAACUGAUCUCUCACCGUCAUUGAUGUCAGUGGUAAGCUUGGUUUAUCUACAGAGUUUAUAAAACUGAUCUCUCACUGUCAUUGAUGUCCAUGAUAAGCUUGGUUUAACUAAAGAGUUUAUGAAACUGUUCUCUCACUGUCAUUGAUGUCCAUGAUAAGCUUGGUUAAACUAAAGAGCUUAUAAAACUGAUCUCCACUGCUUUAAGUUGGGUCAGUAUGCUAUUGUCUGAACUAAAUAAAUUUGAUGAAAACUUCAUGAGAAACAAAUGUGUUUGCCUAGCUUACAUAGUGUUUUUAAAAAUAUUGUUUAAUUUCAAACAUUACUGUAACAAUUCACAUAAAGUUUAGGGUAUUGAUAAUAAAAAAAAUAUAAGAGAUAGAGAAUUUUUAGGAGCAAUUUACUUAGAUUGCUUUUUUAUUAGUAUUAUUUUCAGUUUUUAGAAAACAUCUACAAUAAAUAAUUUAUAGAAUACCAUCUUAGUUUUUAAAGGAGAAUCUUUUUUUUAAAGAAAUUAAAUAUUUAUUGAAUUUCGUAUGUAUAGUUCUAACUUCUUCCACUAGCCCGAGAUGUACUGGCCCACCUGUGUAAGAACAAUAUCCGCAGCCCUCAGGACUUCAACUGGCUGUCACAGAUGCGGUACUACUUUGAAGGCCGUGAUGUGUUUGUUCACAUGAUUACUACUGAGAUAGCCUAUGGGUAUGAAUACCUUGGCAACUCUCCCCGCCUCGUCAUCACACCACUCACAGACAGAUGUUACAGGUGGGUUCAUACAACUACAGUUGUUCCUGACAGAAGCCUUUAAAACUCAUGUACUUUUUCGUUUAAUGAAGCUUACGUCAGUUUUAAUAUUUAUAUCUAUACGUUUUUUUGCUAAAUAUUUAAAUUUUCUCCACAACUAUUUCCACACACUGUUUGAUUAAUCUAUAGAUUUUAAUUAUUUCGAAGAUGAAGAUGACCUCAUUUCUUUUUAACUUUUACUAGUGUAAAAUCAAUGAAAUGUGUUCAUCAAUAUUUUAUCCUGGAUCCUUUCAUUAAAAAUAUAGCUCAGAGAUUAUUGUUAUAUAAUUUAUUAUUUUAUUUUAUUAAAAGCGGUAUAUUGGUGUAUAAAAUACGUAAAUACUUCUGUAAUACACUGCCAAGCUGCCUAGCUAUUUUUAAUUGUAAUGAAUAUUUUCUCCUUGUAUUAAACAGAACACUGAUGGGGGCCCUGAAACUCAACCUGGGAGGAGCCCCAGAAGGACCAGCAGGCACUGGGAAAACAGAGACCAGCAAAGAUCUGGCCAAAGCAGUUGCCAAACAGGUUUGUAGUCAAUGAUCAUCUUAAUGGAUCUUUAAUAAUACAUUAAUGUGUGUUUCUUUGUUAACCACCCCAUUUCUGUGAGGCUUUCCCAGUUUUAUUCACUUUCUUGCAACCAAUCCAAUAUUUGACAAACUCACCAAUGUGUGUUUUAUAACUAAAUUUUGUCUUAAAAGUAUUAAAACCUCGCUUAAAGUAUUUAAAGUCCCAUUCAUUCUUUGUGUCGCACUCCUGAAUGUCACAUAUUGAACAUCCCUAUGGCCGCAGUGUGUUGUGUUCAACUGUUCUGAUGGCCUGGACUACAAAGCCAUGGGGAAAUUCUUUAAAGGUUUGGCCCAGGCCGGUGCAUGGGCUUGUUUUGAUGAGUUCAACCGCAUUGAGCUGGAAGUGCUGUCUGUCAUUGCCCAGCAGAUUCAGAGCAUACAGCAGGCCAUCGCAGCCCACCUGAAAAGGUUUAUGUUUGAGGGGACAGAACUCUCACUUAACCCGACAUGCACCAUUUUUAUCACAAUGAAUCCUGGCUACGCUGGUCGACAAGAAUUGCCUGAUAAUUUAAAGGUAAAAUUUACAAGUUACAGAUUUUAAGUGUAAUUUUAAAAUUAAGAAAUUAUUUUAAAAAGUAACAACUCGACAUAUUGGUAGAACCAAGAAACUAAAAAUUAAAAACGAAUAAAGUGUGAGUUUUUUUAUCUUAGACUUUUUUUAUUAUGUAAAAUUCAUUAACUUUGACAAUAACUUUUAAGAGCUGAAGUUAUAAUUGUGUCUUGAUGACAUUAUUCAGUAUCUAUUGUAAAGCGUCAAAUGUGUCCUCCAGGUCCUGUUUCGCACGGUAGCCAUGAUGGUCCCUGACUAUGGCAUGAUUGGAGAAAUUCAACUCUAUUCAAUGGGAUUUGUGGAUGCCAGGAGGUGAGAACUUUGAACAUUUCUCAUGUCGUAUCAGUGGUGGCUGCAUUGAUUUCAUGAGAACUUCUUACGUUUACAGACAUUUUAUACGGCUUAAAGUUUCACAUUUCAUAUUUCACUGAUGGCUUGUUAACUGGUUUCUAUAACAUUUCAAACUCCCUGAAAAUUUCUUGCUGAUAUUUCCUGGUGAGGAAAAUAUUAAAACACUACACAAAAUGUAAUCCUUUUUUGACAAAAUAGAUCUCAUUUGUAAUUAUCAAUAAAUCCUGACGACACUAGUGAGAUUUUAACAUAAAUAAUUCUGUAAGCCUCAAUCAAAAAUUUUUAAUCUGAUGACAUCCAAGUUCACCAAAGUGCUUUAAACAUUCAUCCUACUUUAUCCAAUCCAUCAGUCUAGCCAACAAAAUUGUUGCUGUUUACCGCCUGUGCUCGGAGCAGUUGUCCUCACAACACCAUUAUGACUACGGCAUGAGAGCAGUGAAAUCUGUGCUGACUGCUGCCGGCAAUCUCAAGUUGAAAUACCCAAACCAAGAUGAAGCUGUUCUCCUACUCAAAGCCAUCAGUGACGUCAACUUACCCAAAUUUUUGGCACAGGUAAAGUUUGAACAUUUUCUUGUGGCUCUAAUGUACAGGAGGUAAAGUUUGAACAUUUUCUUGUGGCUCUGAUGUACAACCAGCAAGUAUAUUGUGAGAUGCUAUCAACCUGGUAGGGCAACUUAUAUUAAGGUAAAUACCUGGCAGGCCGUUCUCUAUUAGCUGAGAGCAGAGCCAAAGUGAAAUAAUCAACAACAAAACAAAAACCCAUAUAAUUGCUUUGAUGCUUCUAUUGCAUCAAAUUUCUCUUUAACAAAAACUAUUUCAAGAAAAAAAUGUAAUGGAACUAGAUCUCUGUUCCUCUAGGAUGUGCCGUUAUUUGAGGGAAUCAUCUCAGAUUUGUUUCCGGGGGUUAAGUUGCCCCAGCCAGACUAUGGAUUGUUCCUGGACACCAUGAAGGAUAUCAUCACCAAGCAACAGUUGCAGCCAAACCAGUUUUUCAUUGACAAAGUGUUACAGGUAAACACACCUUACUUUGCUUCUUUGAAUCACAGGUGAAAAAAUAAAUUCAGCAGAUUGACGUCAACCCCAAAAAUAUGAACAUUAAUAUUUUGUCUAUAGCACCUCUAGGAAUAUUAGCAUGAGACUUUUGUACAUUGGACCCUGUUAAAUUAAAAGAAAUUUAGUGGUUAAGUAAGUAAGGUAAAAACGACUGUGUCAAAUUUUACUCUAUAUUUCUUACAUGUCUGAAAUGAUGAUAAAUGAUAUCAACUGGUCAUAAUUAUCUUGAACUUUUUUUUUACAGAUCUAUGAAAUGAUUUUGGUCCGCCACGGAAUGAUGAUAGUCGGAGAGCCACUUGGCGGAAAAACGAAAGCCUACCAGGUUCUUUCAGAGACUCUAGGUGACCUGAUGGACUCUCAUCAGUUUGAAGAAUUCCGCACCAUUUACCGCAUCAUUAACCCCAAGGCUAUCACCAUGGGACAACUUUAUGGCUGCUUUGACCCUGUUUCCCAUGAGUGGUCAGAUGGUUAGUGGCCAUUCAUUUUAAUCAUUUAGUUCAACUCACCUUUGACCUAACGAUGUAAUCAGCGUGAUAAUAUUUAAUCUUACUUCAUCCGCCCAAAUGUUACGUUGCUCUCAAAACAAUAAAUUUCUUGAAACAAUCAAUGUUCAGGUGUCCUGGCAAACACAUUCCGAGAAUAUGCAAGCAGCCAAGAUGAAUAUCGCAAAUGGAUCAUAUUUGAUGGCCCUGUGGAUGCCGUGUGGAUUGAAAACAUGAACACUGUCCUGGAUGACAACAAAAAGGUAAUUAUCCAAAAGUAACAAUUCGGUUUUACACUAUCCUAGAUGACAACAAUUUUUUUUAUAAGACCUACUCUUGAUUUGGUGUCCUUUUGAUCUCUGACAGCUAUGUUUGAUGAGUGGAGAGAUCAUUCAGAUGAGCAACAAGAUGAACUUGAUCUUUGAGCCAGCCGAUCUUGAACAAGCUUCUCCGGCCACUGUGAGCCGAUGCGGUAUGGUCUACUUGGAACCCCAUCAGAUGGGCUGGCGACCAAGUGUGCAGUCUUAUAUGAAAUACUCUCUACCCAAGAAACUCAGACAGGAGCAGAAGGAGCUAGUGCAAGAUCUUUUUGAUUGGCUGGUGAGUUAAGGAACUGGAUUAGGUCUGAUGUCACAAGAGAGGACAUUUGAGAUCAGGAGAGUUACAAAUUGAGAGAAGGGGAGCCUCUAUUUGAACUCUUAGAUUAUUUGAUUUGAAGAAUUAGAUUUUAGAGCCUUGGCUUUGAUUAAAUCUCUAUCAUGUGAUGAGAUAUUAACAUUUGAAGUAAUUUGUCAUAAUAUAAUAUCCUGUCACUUGACUUUCGUCUAGGUUGAACCCUGUCUUGACUUUGUCAAGCGUAACUGCAAGACGUUCAUCCCUACAUCAGAAAUGCACCAGGUUCAGAUGUUAAUGAAACUUUACACAACAAUGUUGGACGAGAUCAUUGAGACAUGCAAGCACUGGCCUGAUGAGGGAUCCCCCGAGGCAGCCAACUAUGAGCACAAUGCUGAACACUUGACCACACAGCAGGUGAACAUGUCUGGGUUUAUAUGUUAAACACUUAACCACACAGCAGGUGAACAUGUCUGGGUUUAUAAGUUAAACAUUUGAACACACAGCAGGUCAUGAUGUCUGGGAAUUGAAUCAGUUUUUGGGGUUUAUAUGUUGUUAACAUGUCAGGAGUACAUGCCGUAAUUUUUGUUGAUUUUCUUAAAUGUUAGAAAGGCCUCUCAAAUUAUGUAAAGAAAUAAUUAUUCUACUUGUAUGUCCAUUCUAAUACAUACCCAUCCUGUUUAAUAUUCCAGGUAACCUUAUGGUUGCAAGGAAUCUUCCUAUUCUGUGUGGUGUGGUCAAUCGGUGGAACCGUCCUUGGGGACAGUAAGAAAGCCUUUGAUGAAUUUUUCCGCACAUUGAUCAGCGGAGUUGAUGACAACCACCCAAAACCAAAGAGCAUCAAAAUCACAAAGGUGAAAUUGAAAAUUUGGCAACACAUUGAUAUAUAUCUCUUGUGCAAUCUUGUAUCACAAACCUAAAAUUGAUGAUAGUUAUCUAAAAAAACAAAAAAAACACAUCUUGUACACUAACAUAUUUUUAAAAUAAUUUUGUCAUUUAAAAAAUAAUUUGAAAGCAAACUUCUUGAUCUGUAGAACAUUAAUAGAACGGAGAAAAUUAAUUGAAUAACGAUAUAAGUUUUUUUCCAUAAAGGUUUUUGUUUUGACAAUUACUGAAUCAUUCAAAUACAAAUGCUUCUAUUAAAUACUGUAAAAUAAGAAAUUUGUUGACAUCAGUUAUAAAUCUGCUUGACUUUCAGAGUAACUCAUUCCCUGAGAGGAACACAGUUUAUGACUUUGCCUUCCAGAAGAAGAGUGGAGGAGGCUGGAUAGACUGGAUGGACACAAUUGACAAGUCAAAUGCAGCUAUCCCCCCUGGGGCCAAGGUCAGCAGAGAUUUAUGCUGGACUAUUGGAUCUCAAAAAUAUUAUCUGAAAUUGUUGCAAUAUUUGUUUGUCAUCCAUAAAACAUCUUCAAGUGUUGUCUGAGAUUGUUGUUUUUGUUGUUGUUAUUGUUGUUGUUUUUGUUGUUGUUAUUGUUGUUGUUUUUGUUGUUGUUAUUGUUGUUGUUUUUGUUGUUGUUAUUGUUGUUGUUUUUGUUGUUGUUAUUGUUGUUGUUUUUGUUGUUGUUAUUGUUGUUGUUUUUGUUGUUGUUAUUGUUGUUGUUUUUGUUGUUGUUAUUGUUGUUGUUUUUGUUGUUGUUAUUGUUGUUGUUUUUGUUGUUGUUAUUGUUGUUGUUUUUGUUGUUGUUAUUAUUAAGUGAGCUUCAAAACAUUCUUAUUAUGAUAAAUUGGGACAUUACAUCACGGAAAGUCUUUGAGGAAAUCAUGACCUGUGCCUAGCCGACUCACUUGACCUCUGCAUUGACCAUAUUGUUUUGUAUUUUCUUGAAGCUAAAGAUACUUUUACUUGAUUUAUUUAUAUUUCAAAAUCUAUUAAAUAUUUCAUGGCAGAAGUUUGGGGGAUGAAAAUUACACUUUAAGCUAAAAAAUUUUUUCCUAGAAAUAUUCUAACAGCUACUUAUUCUAAAUGUUUGUUCAAAGGUGAGCACUCUGACAAUUCCCACAGCAGAAACAGCCAGGCAGCAAUUUUUCCUGAAUCUCUACAUGACCCAUGAGGUGCCCCUCCUGGUCAUCGGACCAACUGGAACUGGCAAAUCAGCCAUCACCAACAGCUACCUGCUGUCUCUACCCAAGGAAUCGUAUGUUUCAUAUUCUCUCAUCUUCAUUUCAUAAUCUCUGAUUAUCAUUUCAUAUUCUCUGAUUUUCAUUUCAUAUUCUCUCAUUUUCAUUUCAUAUUCUUUCAUUUUCAAUUCAUAUUCUCUCAUUUUCAAUUCAUAUUCUCUCAUUUUCAUUUCAUAUUCUCUCAUUUUCAAUUCAUAUUCUCUCAUUAUCAAGUCAUAUUCUGUCAUUUUCAAUUCAUUUUCUCACAUUUUCAUUUCAUAAUCUCUCUUCGACAUAAAAUUUCAGCUUUAGUCAUGCCUUCUAAAUCAGAUAAUAAAAUGUGUUCCAAUUUUUCAAGUGAAGUUUUUAAAACUCUUUUAGUCUCUGUGUUCUCAUAUUAUUUCAAUAAUAAACCUCUGAUACAACAAUUUAGGGAGCACAGGUGCUUUAAAACAAAAUACAUGUUUGAUGACCAGGUCUAGAACAAUGCAACAGUGAAAGAACUUAAGUAUGAAUUUGUAACGACUAAAAAUCAUUAAACAUAAUUUUAAAUUUUAGAAUAAAAUGCAUGGAUUCAACAGCUGCAAAAUGCUCUUAUUUUCCCAGAUACAUCCCUAACUGCAUCAACUUCUCAGCUCGUACAUCAGCCAAUCAGACUCAAGACAUCAUUAUGUCCAAACUGGACAGGUCAGUUGUAUUUUCCGUUCCUUGCUUUAUUAUUUUCUUGUAGUCUAACAUGUAGGUAAGGUUAAAAAGAGCCUGGACUGGGCUGUGCUUUUAAGAAAGACUCUUGUCCAGUUAUAUCUCAAUUCAGGAUUUUCCGCCAAAAUCCUUUUCUCUCUUCUUUCUCAAAAUACUAAGUAAAAGUAUUUAAAAAAUUCUCUCCAAACAAGGCGUCGUAAAGGUGUCUUUGGGCCCCCUAUGGGCAAGAAGUCUGUAGUAUUUGUGGAUGACUUGAACAUGCCAGCCAAAGAAAAGUAUGGUGCCCAGCCCCCCAUAGAGCUGCUCCGUCAGUGGAUAGAUCACGGACAUUGGUACGACAGAAAAGACACAUCGAAAAUAUUCCUAAAUGAUGUGGUGAGUCUACAUUUUCUUUGGUGGGAAUAAAUUGUCAACUUUACCAUAGACUGUUAAAUGUGUCCACAGCUAUCCAUUGACUGUUAAAUGUGUCAAAUAUCAAAUGGUGUCCAUAGCUAUCCAUUGACUGUUAAAUGUGUCCACAGCUAUCCAUUGACUGUUAAAUGUGUCCACAGCCAUCCAUAGACUGUUAAAUUUGUCCACAGCUAUCCAUUGACUGUUAAAUGUGUCCACAGCUAUCCAUUGACUGUUAAAUGUGUCAAAUAUCAAAUGGUGUCCAUAGCUAUCCAUUGACUGUUAAAUGUGUCCACAGCUAUCCAUUGACUGUUAAAUGUGUCCACAGCCUGUUAAAUGUGUCCACAGCUAUCCAUUGACUGUUAAAUGUGUCAAAUAUCAAAUGGUGUCCAUAGCUAUCCAUUGACUGUUAAAUGUGUCCACAGCUAUCCAUUGACUGUUAAAUGUGUCCACAGCUAUCCAUUGACUGUUAAAUGUGUCCACAGCUAUCCAUAGACUGUUAAAUUUGUCCACAGCUAUCCAUUGACUGUUAAAUGUGUCCACAGCUAUCCAUUGACUGUUAAAUGUGUCAAAUAUCAAAUGGUGUCCAUAGCUAUCCAUUGACUGUUAAAUGUGUCCAUAGCUAUCCAUUGACUGUUAAAUGUGUCCACAGCUAUCCAUUGACUGUUGAAUGUGUCCACAGCUAUCCAUUGACUGUUAAAUGUGUCCAUAGCUAUCCAUUGACUGUUAAAUGUGUCCACAACUAUCCAUCGACUGUUAAAUGUGUCCACAGCUAUCCAUUGACUGUUAAAUGUGUCCACAGCUAUCGAUUGACUGUUAAAUGUGUCCACACCUAUCCAUUGACUGUUAAAUGUGUCCACAGCUAUCGAUUGACUGUUAAAUGUGUCCACAGCUAUCCUUUGACUGUUAAAUGUGUCCACAGCUAUCCAUUGACUGUUAAUUUUGUCCACAACUAUCCAUUGACUGUUAAAUAUGUCCUUUACUUUACAUUGACUGCUAACUUUGUCCUAUAAAAGAUGCCUUAUCUACAAUAUGGCCAAAAUCAUCAAAGAACAGCAACAACAAGAUUUCACUCAAUUCUAACUAGUGCAUUGUGUUUGUGUCCAGCUGUUUGUCAGUGCCAUGGGGCCCCCUGGUGGUGGCCGUAAUGACAUCACUUCAAGAUUUACACGUCAUCUCAACAUUGUCUCUAUCGAUGAGUUUGAGGAUAGCAUCAUGACCAAAAUAUUCACUGCCAUCACUGACUGGCACUUUGCCAACGGCUUUGAAACAAGCUUUGUCAAGAAUGGAAAGGUAACUCCUUUCAAAUAUAAACCACUCUUGUUAGCCAUAAUUUAGACGAGGUUGACCUAAAUAAAACAUUUUGAGCUUAAAAGGCCAAUUUAGUUAAAAGAAAUGUGUUUUCAUGUAUGUCAUUGUCUUUCUGUUAGCUUUGUGUGUGUGUGUGAGCUUUGUGAACAUGUGUGUGUGUGUGUGUGUGUGUUUGACUAUACAUUUUUGUAUAUGUGUUUCUGUGUCUGAACUGUCUGUCCGCCACACAUAUCACAACAUGUCUUGCCUGGUUAUCUCCAGUUGUUAGUGGCUGCCACUAUGGGUGUGUACAAGGAUGCCAUCGCCAACUUUUUGCCUACCCCCACCAAAUCUCAUUACGUGUUCAAUCUGCGAGACUUCGCUCGGGUCAUACGAGGUGUGCUGCUAGUUCCGCCAACAGAGAUGAAUGAAAUGGAAAAACUUUUGAGACUUUGGGUCCACGAAGUCUACCGAGUCUUCUAUGACCGACUUAUUGAUGAUGAUGACAGGUGAGAAAAAAAACAUAACCUUCAUCCUCCUCUGAUCUUCUCCCAGGCGGCAUGGAUAUUAAAUUAAACACAGUGCGACUCCAAGGUUCCCCUCUUUACCAAUAUUUCAAAGACCAAUUUUUUUUUUCACCAAGGAACAUGUUCUUCAAGAUCGUGAGGAACAACUGCCAGGACAGUUUCAAACAGAACAUCGACAAAAUACUCGGUCAUCUUUCCAAGAGCGGUAAGGUUACAGAUGCUGAUAUCCGCAGCCUCUUCUUCGGAGAUUUCUUCAAUCCUGAGAACAAGGUGUACACAGAAAUAACAGACCUCAAACAGCUGACGUCUGUGAUGGAGCAGUGAGUUGAUUGAAAUUUUCUUACUUUUAAAUGUGUUUGCAACAAGGAACACGCCAUGGGGAUUUCAUAAAUCGUUGUCAACAAGUUAAGUUAAACAAGAUUUGCUUUCAUACUGGAAUGUAAAGUAGUAGCAUUAGAUGACCUAAAAUAUCAUCACACUUAAUUGAGCUUAAAGGGCUUCAAUGACUUUACACAAAAAUUGAGCUGAACAGUUCACCAGAUAUCUCAGCCAAUGGCUGUGUACAUGACUACCUGUCAGCAUGUCUAGUCUAGAACUUUCUGAGGAGUUUUACAAUUUUUUUUAAUUACCUAUCGUAUUUCAAACAUCAUGAUAUUGUCACUAUCACCAUUGUCACUUAUCACCAUUGUCACUUAUCACCAUUGUCACUUAUCACCAUUGUCACUUAUCACUAUUGUCACUUAUCACCAUUGUCACCACGUCACAUGUGCCUAACAUCACAUUGCCUUCACAGUUACUUAGAUGAGUAUAACUUGGUUAGCAAAGCCCCCAUGAAGUUAGUCAUGUUCAAGUUUGCAAUUGAACACAUGUCGCGUGUCAGCCGCGUGCUGCUCCAAGACAAUGGACAUGCCCUACUUGUUGGUGAGUUGUUGUUUACACAACAGGACCAGAGUUCUAGAGGACGUUUUGAAAUAUUGUUAUCUUAGCUGGAUAAAGAAACCAAAAAUAUUUUCUUGAGCUUCUCACUAAAUCCUCUUUUUAAAUUGAUUUAUUUGAUGUUUUUUAUUAUUUUUGGGAAGUGAGUUCUACAAAAUUUCUGGUAACAUAUAACAUGAUCCAGGCCCAGAAUGUUCCCAAUACUCACCCACUGCAACUUAAUCACUUAGCGCAACCCCACCCCUUUUUUUUAAAUUCUCCAUCGUAUGACUAUUUUGAUUAUUAGGAAUUUAAAAAUAAAAUUGAAAUUUUCAUUCCAGGUAUUGGAGGCUCAGGCAGACAAAGUGCAGCCAAACUGGCCACUUUUAUGGCCAACUAUGAUCUUUUCCAAAUAGAAAUCACAAAAAUCUAUGGCAAUACAGAAUGGAGAGAAGAUUUGAAAAGGGUAAUGAUAAAUCAUUUUUUGUCAAUAAAAUUUGUAUUUGUUAAAAUGUUUACUUUUAGGCUUGCCCACCCGACUUACUCGUAUGAGCUUAUUUUAGAUUUCAUUUUUUUUUUUUUUUUUAAAUCCAUGCAGCAUAAUUCUUUUUGAUGUUCACCUUAUUUCAUAUCACUGAUGAAACUUAAGAAACUUUCAGUGCUUUUAUGAAACCUAAUUGAUUUUAUUGUAUGCGCCGAGCUGUUCAUUCAAAUAUAAAAAUCCUGAACCGGAAUAUCAGUUUGAGAAAAAAUAGCUUCAUUAUCAUGACUUGCUGUUGCGAUACAUAUGAGUGCUAGUUUUCAUCUGGCCAAAACAUUUUUUUUUCUCAAAUAUUUUAGCUCCUGCGUAAAGCUGGAGUAGAAGGCAAACCAACAGUUUUCUUGUUUUCUGACAACCAAAUCAAAGAUGAGUCUUUCAUGGAGGAUAUCAGCAUGAUUCUCAACACUGGUGAUGUACCAAACAUAUUUCCAAGUGAUGAAAAGGCAGAUGUCAUUGAAAAAAUGCAGGCAGUUGCCAGGAUGGAGGUAAAUGGACCAAUAAAUAAAAUGUCAUAAAUAAUGUAUUCAUUUUUUUUAAGGUAAACUUUAGAGAAAAAAAAUUAUUUUCCUACACUUGAAAAACUAUAUUUAUUGUUCUAGGGUCGCCAGUUGGAUGGGACACCUCUGGCCAUGUACAACUUUUUCAUUGCCCGGGUGAAGCAACAGCUCCAUAUAGUGCUGGCCAUGUCCCCUAUUGGAGAUGCUUUCAGGAACAGGCUGAGAAUGUUCCCUUCACUCAUCAACUGCUGCACUAUUGACUGGUUUCAGGUAAGUUAGUCCUACACCUAGUUAAACAAUUUCUUUUACAUUUUACAUUUCUCUCAAAAGUUAGACUACAUUAGUGAAACCAUUUAUAAAUUUAAGGUUGUAGAUUUUUUUCUUCAUUCUUACCUAUUAGAAAUUACAUAAUAUUUAUUUUUUACACUUCCAUUUUGCUUAUAAUUUAACUUUUUGAAAUAUUUAAUCUUUUAAUUUUAAUACAGAUUUUUCUUUAUUGCAUAGAUUUUUAAUUACGUAUCCAAAAACACCCUACAGAUUUUAAAACAACAACAAACCAACAAAAACAAUGUGUGUUGUGUAUAUAUAUGUGUUACCAAGGUCAGUUAAAAUAAACAAGUCCUUAGUUUAUGGUACUAGCUCUGAACACUCAGAUAAAUCCAGCUGUUUUUGCUUGCAGGCGUGGCCCGAGGAUGCCCUGGAAAUGGUGGCAAACAAGUUUCUGGAAGAAAUAGAGAUGGACGACAGCAUGAAGCUAGAGACCGUCAGCAUGUGCAAGCAUUUCCAUGAGUCUGUCAGGCUCGCUUCAGAGAAGUAAAGCCAUUUGCUAAUUUUCUUAAUAUCAAAAUCAAACAUCAUUCAAUUUAUUCAUUUUAUGCUUGCUAUUCUUUAUAAGCAUAACUUUAUACAUUAUUUAUCCCAACUAUCAAAUGCCUAGUUGUUCUAUGGAACUAUUUUAUAGCUAAUGUUUUACUGUACAAAAGAAAAUGAAUGCUGACAUCUUCUCCCCUAAAAAAUAUUUUUUUUAUUAUUGAUUUUUUAAUCUACCAGAAAAAUUAGUUGCAUUCAUUCAACAUUCAAAAGCUGCCUUUGAUCUGUGGUAUUACUAUUUUCUAUUUUUCAACCCCUCAAGAUACUAUGAUGUGCUCAGACGCCAUAACUAUGUGACACCAACCUCAUAUCUUGAGCUCAUCCUCACCUUCAAGUCCCUUCUCACGGUGAAGAGAGAAGAGCUUAUGACCAUGAAAAACCGUUACCUUGUGGGUCUGGAGAAACUGGAAUUUGCCGCGUCACAAGUGUCAGUCAUGCAACAAGAGCUGACCGACCUCCAACCGGAACUGAUCAAAACUUCAGCCGACACAGAGAAACUCAUGAUAAAAAUAGAACAGGACACGGUGGAAGUGGAGGCUAAGAAAGAGGUAAGAAAACUUGUGUCAAUUAUUGGCUUGGUUUAUUCAAAUGUCAAUGUGACAAAUUUGAAUAAUACAAGAAUAAUAAGUAAACAAUCAACUCUUGAUAAGAUGUUUAUUUCAUUGCUUUUACAUGUCAUUACUACUAUUAAAUGUUUGUGUUACAACAGAAUGUUUUGUUUGAGUCUAGGGCAGACAAUUUAGCAAAAAGAAUAUAACCUUUACAAUGCAAAAUAGUACAUUCAGCUCUACACUCUUAGGUUGUAGCUGCAGAUGAAGCUGUAGCUAAUGAAGCUGCUGCAGCUGCCCAGGCUAUCAAAGAUGACUGUGAAGGAGAUCUUGCUGAAGCUAUUCCUGCUUUAGAGGCAGCCAUCACUGCUCUAAAUACUCUCAAACCUGCAGAUGUUUCUAAUGUCAAGGCCAUGAAAGUAGGUCAUUUAAUUUCUCUUUUUCUAAUUGAAUGUCAUAAGAAAUGGCCUCUUGAAAUGCUUACAAAAUGUUAGACUUAUUUUCGUCUAACAAAAUAAACAAAUUAAUAUACAAUGAAAUCUUCCAACUGAGAAAAAAAACUAAUUAGAAAUUAGGAAUGCUCCAUCAAAAUAACCUGAUACCCUAUUCAGUUUUGUAAAUAAAUUAUAAUUUUGUUUUCCCCUAGAACCCACCAUCAGCUGUAAAACUUGUGAUGGAAUCAGUCUGUGUCAUGCUAGGAAUCAAAUCUGAACGUAAACCAGAUCCAUCCGGCUCAGGAAAGAUGAUGGAGGACUAUUGGGGUCCCUCCAUGAAAUUGUUGGGAGAUCUCAAAUUUCUUGACAGGCUAAAGACUUAUGACAAGGAUAACAUUUCACCCCCUAUCAUCAAGAAGAUUAGAGAAAAGUGGGUUUGUUAAGUCUUCGGAGAGGAAAUUAUGGAUAUUGUCAAUAGCAAUCAAUGUAAAUUUCUUAAAUUAAUGUUUGAUUGAAAAGCUUUCAAUGUCUAGAAUACUACAAAAUCAAAAUAAGUUAAGAAAGAAAUCAUUUAGUACCUCACAGAUAUUUUUAUCCAAAAAAAAAAAAUGUUUUAUAACUAAGGAUAGAUCAUCUUUAUAAUAUUAAUAAAAAUGAAGACAAAAAUUUAUUUAAGUUUACUGAACGCCUUGCAGUGCACAAAUUUAAAUUUGAAUGUAUAUUGAACGAUCUUUUAGGUACAUUGCCAAUCCUGAUUUUGACCCGACGCUUAUAAGAAAUGCAUCAACUGCGUGUGAAGGCCUGUGCAAGUGGGUGCGGGCCAUGGAUAUCUAUGAUAAAGUAGCUAAGGUUGUUGCUCCCAAAAAGGCCAAAUUGGCAGAGGCAGAAGGAGAACUCUCCGUCCAGAUGGAAAAGUUAAAUGAGAAGAGAGCCCAGUUGCAGGCAGUAAGUCACAGUGCCUUCGAUUUCUAAUCCUCCAAUCAGAAUGAGGAUUUUUUAAUUAAAAAAAUAAUUAAAUUAAUAUAUCAAAACUAAAUUUUUGCCAUUAAAUUUAAAAAGCCUCCUGAUAAAGAUACAAGCACUUAAAGAAUGAGAAGAAAUAAUUCUUGGAAACUACUCAAUUUAUUCUGUUUCCACCUCCCCAAACUAUAAACAUCAUCUUAAAUAAAAUUGUUACCAAUAUUAAUAACUAAGAGAAUUAUACAAUUAAUUACUGACUAUUUUUUCAUUGAUUGCAGAAUAAGGAGCAAAUUAUAUAUUACAUUGGCUAGUGACAUUUUGCAUAGGUUUUCUACUAUUUUAAAAUAUUAGUAUGGUCAAUAGAGGAUAUAACUGUACUAUUCUCCAUUGUCAAGGUAACAGACAAACUCCAAGCGCUGAAUGAUGAAUUUGAGGUAAUGACACAAAAAAAGAAAGAUCUUGAAAGUAAUAUUGACCUGUGCUCCAAGAAACUGGACCGAGCUGAAAAACUAAUUGGUGGUCUUGGUGGCGAGAAGGACAGAUGGACAGAGGCUGCUCGAGCUCUUGGAGAAAUGUAUAUAAAUAUUACUGGAGAUGUCCUCAUCUCAUCAGGUGUGGUAGCUUACCAUGGGGCAUUCACUGUCGACUUCAGACAAGUAAGAAAUCACUGUCUUUUGGUAAUUUUAUUUUGGUUUUGACAGUUUUUAAUGUUCUUGUUAAAAAAUAAAAUAUAAAUUUUGUAAAAUUUCAAAUGUGAAAUAUUAGUAUAGUUGUAUAUAUCAGAGUAAAUAUAUAAGAAUAAAUGCAUACAAUUAAAUCUACAAAAACACAUAAUAAUUUACAAAGAGUUCAUCCAAGAUGAAGUACAUGUAACUAAACAGAUAAGAUGCUAUAUAAUACUACAUAUAAGAUUUUAUAUUAAAGUCUAAUAUUCUCUUCAGAUGAUGACCAAGGAAUGGCAUGAGCAGUGUGUUAAGCGUAACAUACCUUCUUCCAAGGUAUUUUCCCUUAGUGCAACGCUUGGGGAGCCAGUCAAAAUUCGAGCAUGGAAUAUUGCGGGACUCCCGGUGGAUGCCUUCAGUGUUGACAACGGCAUCAUCGUGUCCAAAUCUAGAAGAUGGCCUCUCAUGAUUGACCCACAAGGUUUGCAUGACUGAAAUUAUUUAAUGAUAUUUUACUAGGUAUAUAUUUGGUUAUGUAACAGAGACAGUGAAUAAGGAAAUAUUUAGAUAAUAGGAAAGUCUGAACAAUAAAUAAAUAUUAACUCUAAUGGAGUGUCUACUUAAACAUACUUUAUACAUUAUAGGGGGUGCAUUUGUAAUUGCUAUGAGCUGAUUGUUCUUUUUUAGGGUCACAUUUUAUUUUUUUUUUUGCUGAAUGAGGAGCUUGGCAGGCAUACUACUUGCUUUAAUUUGUCAUUUUAAAAUUGUAAUUUCCUGUGUGUCUCAACUAUCCUCACUGUGUCAUCAGUACAUCAGCUUACUCUAUAAGUCUCCCACCCCCCAAAAACAAAAUUGAUUAAAAAAAUGUUUGUAACCCACGAACUGUGGCAUGCAUCAUUCCGUAGUGUGGAAGCUUAUCAGAGCUUUUUGAGUGCCUUUAGAAAUAGCAUUAAAUGACAUAGAAAUAUUAAUACAAGACCCUAAUAAGUUAUAUUUUUAGAAAGGUAAAUGGAUGGGGAUAAAGUUGGCUAUAUUUCCCACCCGUAAAAAAUGUUUGUUCAGUGUCUUUGACCUUUGAGUUCUCAGAUAGAAAAAUUGACAAAAUGUCUUGCUUUCAAGUGCUCAUAACAUCAUUAAUUCCAUUAAAAAGCCUUCAAAAAUAUUUAUUUAUUUAUUUAUUUAUUUAGGCAUUUUUAUAUAGCGCUUAUCAUAAAGCUCUAAGCGCUUUACAAUUAUUAAAACAUGUAAACUAAGUAAAUACAAAUGAGACACUAGGAUAGUAACUACUAUUCUAUAGAAACAAUGAAAAUGGCUAUAAAAAGAGGACACUUUGACACUUCAGGAUUAAACCGAAACAGAAAAUUAGGUAGGGCAAGGAGGGUGCAUCACAGGUCAUAGGCGGACCUAAACAGAUGAGUUUUAAGGGACUUUUUGAAAAUGGACGAGGUUUCACUAUGACGUAUAUGGAAGGGGAGCUGGUUCCAGAACCCAUGGAAGCAGAAGGAGCGUUCACCGAUGGUCUUAAUUUUAGUUCUUGGGAUUGAGAGGGUUCUACUGUCAAUGGAAGAACGUAGUUGUCUUGUGGGGAUGUAAGGAAGCAACAGUUCAGAGAGAUAGACAGAUAAUAUUUCUAUUAGUUCUCAUACUGAAGGCCCAGCCGUAGCUUCAGCCAUUUUAGCUUUAACAAAAAUAGCGAUAUAAAAUUCUGAUUAAAAUGUACUUAUUGAUCAGUUAUCAACAAACAGCUUGACCCGGAAGAUGAUUUAAUUAUUAGUAAAUGGAAGUGGCUAUAAUUCUGGUUAAAUAUUGAAUUUGAAGUUGCUAUAGAACCGUGUUUUUUUAUUGGCUGAUUUUUUCAACCGUCACAGUGCAGAACAAAAAUAUCUGCUGAUUUUUUUGGCCUACCACAGUUCGUGGGUUAAAAUGGAAUAGUUAGAGAGUGUUUGUUUCCAUUUCAAGGUCAAGCCAACAAGUGGAUUAAGAAUAUGGAGAAAGCCAACAAACUCAACAUUAUCAAACUCUCUGAUGGUGGCUACAUGCGCACUCUAGAGAACAGCAUCCAGUUUGGCAACCCCAUCCUGCUGGAGAAUGUCGGGGAAGAGCUUGACCCAAUUCUUGAACCAGUGUUGCAGAAAUUGACCUUCAGACAGCAAGGGGUGGAGUACAUGAGACUUGGAGAUAACAUCAUUGAAUACUCGCCAGAUUUUAAGGUUAGGAAAACUGACAGAUUUUUUAAAUUUAAUGUUAAAAGUUGACAUCACUUGGAAUAAAAAAGGAAUGUGUUUUAACAAUAUAAUAUUCCAUUUUUUGUUUAGUCUAUGAAAGAUUCCCUUCAUUGCAGAUGUACAUCACCACUGGACUAAGAAAUCCUCACUACCUGCCUGAAGUGUCCGUCAAAGUUUGUCUUUUGAACUUCAUGAUAACACCUCAAGGUCUCGAGGACCAACUGUUGGGAAUUGUCGCUGCCAAAGAAAAACCUGAACUGGAAGAAAAGAAAAAUCAGCUGAUCCUGGAGAGUGCGGCCAACAGGAAGCAGUUGAAGGAGAUUGAGGAUAAAAUCCUGGAAGUCUUAUCCUCUUCACAGGUCAGUCUACAAAUGCUGGUCAACUUCACAGGUAAAAAUUAUCACUUUGGCAGUGAUCGGAAAUACUUGGGUCCUGUUAGGGUCGAUGAUUUUUCUAAUUGAACACACUCUAUCUGAACAUUGAGAUGAACUUGUAAAAUAACAGGACAGCACAGUGAUGUUUCUCACCAUCAGUUUUAGCCAUCAAUGACAAAACUUUAUUGCAAAAUUUACUUUCUUUGAUUAUUUAAUGUUUGCUCUCAAUUUUCAUGUUUCCUUUAACAGGGCAACAUUCUGGAAGAUGAAACAGCCAUUAAAGUUCUCUCAUCGUCUAAAGUUCUCUCAGAAGAAAUCUCAGCCAAACAGGAAAUUGCUGUGUCAACUGAGAAAGAGAUUGAUGAGACUAGAAAUGGUUACAAACCGGUUGCCCUACAUUCCUCCAUCUUGUUUUUCUGUAUCUCUGACCUGGCCAACAUAGAACCCAUGUACCAGUACUCACUUACAUGGUUCAUAAACCUAUACUUACAAGUAGGUUCAUUUAUAGUUACAGGCAGGUCAUUAAUCAUACUUACUGGUAGGUUCAUUUAAAGUUACAGGCAGGUCAUUAAUCAUACUUACAGGUAGGAUACAGAUAGGCAAAUUGUCUUUACUACGUGGCAUCCAUUUGUCCAUGUUGUUUUGUGUUAUUUGUCUAUGUUGUAAGAAAUUUGAUUUGCCCAUAUUGACAUAGUGAUUUUUCCAUGCUGUGAGGCAUGUCAUUUUUCCAUGCUGUUGGGUAUGUAAUUUUUCCAUGCUGUCAGAUGUCAUUUGUCUAUGUUGUCAGAUAUAUCAUUUGUCCAUGCUGUUGCAUAUGUCAUUUUUCUAUGCUGUCAGAUGACAUUUGUCCAUGUUGUCAGUAUGUCAUUUGUCCAUGUUGUCAGGUAUGUCAUUUGUCCAUGUUGUCUGAUAUGUCAUUUUCCCAAACUGUCAGGUAUGUCAUUUGUCUAUACUCACAAAUAUUUAAAAGCUUGUAUAAAAGAAUGAAUCAAUGUAAACGUUUCUGAAAACGUCUCUUUAAAGCCCAUUCUUGUUUGAUCAAUGUUAUUGAAUCCAAUCUUGUGAAUCCAAAUGUGUGACCCAAAUGUGUGAUCCAAAUGUGUGACCCAAAUGUGUGAUCCAAAUGUGUGACCCAAAUGUGUGAUCCAAAUGUGUGACCCAAAUGUGUGACCCAAAUGUGUGACCCAAAUGUGUGACCUAAAUGUGUGACCCAAAUGUGUGACCCAAGUGUGUGACCCAAAUGUGUGACCCAAACUACUUUGAAAGCUGAACAGACUUUAGUCAGCAUUGUGAUACUCUGUUCAUGGAUUCCAUAGUAUAAAUACCGGAUAUGCUCUCAAAUAUAAUCAAAAUGCAAAUAUGAAAGUAGCAUUGUAUAAUAUAAGGAGCUAUGUGAAAAAUCAGGUUCAUUGAUACUGUCCUGAAAACUUUAUAGAAACAAAUCUGUCACACAAAUAAAGUAUAAAUUGUUUUCUGUUACACAAAUAAAGUGUAAAUUUUUUUUCCCCAGUCAAUACUCAACAGCAAACGUUCAGAAGAUCUGCAAGAUCGCAUCAUAAACCUUAAUGAACAUUUCACAUACAGCAUGUACAACAAUGUCUGCCGAUCUCUGUUUGAGAAAGAUAAACUUCUGUUCUCCUUCGUCUUGUGUAUUGGUAUAAAGAAAGGCCAGUGAGUAGAUUGUGUUCAAAAUUCCGCAUUAUUUUACACAACAAUUUUUUCUACUUGUUAAAUGGUUGUUCAUGCUCACCCUUGACUACAAGGACAUUCUGGUUAUUUCAUUACAAUUAAAUUUUAUAAUUUUUUUUAAAACUGUAAGUAAAAUCUAUAUUAUUAUAUAGAUGUAGACUUAGAGCCAAAUUUCCAUUACUCAUGACCACUUUGUUUCACAGAGGCAAGGUUGAUGAAAAUGUCUGGAGAUUCCUACUCACUGGUGGUGUUGCAUUAGAUAAUCCACUUCCCAACCCUGCAACUGCCUGGUUGUCGGACAAAGCUUGGUCAGAAAUUGUCCGUGCGUCCAAUCUUCCCAACCUUAAGGGCUUGAAAGAUCGUAAGUAAUAUUCCUGCUAGAAAAGUGCCUCAUUUAAAAAUUUAUCAUGAAAUCAAGUCAAGAGCUAAAUCUUUAAAUUAGUUAGCAAUUGGUUUCUCUAUUUUAACUAUAGAUGGUUUGGCACCAGUGAUUUUUAAAAAAUAACUUCAAAUUGUCAAAUCUAUCUCUAAAUUUAUUAUUGAAAUAUGUAGAAUUAAAGAAAAAAUAGUUGAAUUCUUUGUUAAUUAUCUUAAAAUAAAUUUAACUACCUGAAAAAUUUUCAGGCAUAAAUUUUUUAAAUAUUUUUGUCUAUUAAAGAAAUGUUUUAUUUAUUGAUUGUGUAAUCGGUGAACAAAUUUAAUUUUCUUUCUUUAAUAUGCAAUAUAUGCUUUUGUGUUAUACAAUGCAAUAAAGUGUUUUGCUUUUUAUAAUAGAUGUGAACAAACAGCCAGAUACUUGGAAGAAAUUCUAUGACAACUCAGCACCACAUAACUACAAAUUACCGACCCCAUGGGACUCACUGACUGGCCUCGAUGCAAUGAUUGUUCUCAGAUGCUUUCGCCCAGAUAAAAUAGUUCCGGCUGUUCAAAACUUUAUUGUUGAAAAUAUGGGUCAGGCCUACAUUGAGCCGCCGACCUUUGAUCUUCCAGGCUCAUUUGCCGACUCUAACUGCUGCGCACCCCUGAUUUUUAUUCUCUCCCCUGGUGCUGAUCCCAUGAUGGCGCUCCUGAAGUUUGGGGAGGACAGGGGUUAUAAGACCAACAUGAUACAGACAAUAUCACUGGGUCAAGGACAGGUUAGACUUGAUUGUUGUUCAGUGAUUCAUAAAUUAUUUUAAAUAUUUUUACUUAAUAAUUGUACCAGAGAAAAAGUUUCCUUCAUUAAAUCUUCCUUUCAUUCUGUAAACACAGGGACCAAUUGCAGCUAAAAUGAUUGAUAGAGCAAUCAGUGACGGCUCUUGGGUUGUGCUACAGAACUGUCACCUGGCCACUAGUUGGAUGCCCAAACUUGAGAAAAUCUGUGAAGAGGUCGGAACAAACUUAAACUUUUAGAUUACUCGAAAAAUUGAAUAAUUUAAAAUCAUCUUCAAACAUGAACCCUUUAGCUCAACUCACCUGAGCUAAACUCGAAAUCCACACAUCCUUUACUUUCUCUCUAACAUCAACAUAGCCUAACUCAACUCACCUGAGCUAAUAUCAAAAUCAACAAAUUUUUUACUUUCUCUCUAACAUCAACAUAGCCUAACUCAUCUCACCUGAGCCAACAUCGAAAUCAACAAAUCUUUUACUUUCUCUCUAACGUCAACAUAGCCUAACUCAUCUCACCUGAACAAACAUGAAAGUUUGAAAAGACACUGAUAAAUUUAGGCUUAGAGAAUUAAACAAAUUCUGUCACUUAAAUACAAAGAAAUUAUAUGGCUGGUAUUAAUAUAGGAUUAAUUUAAAUUAUUCAAACAAUUUACGUCAUUUCAGAAAUGCUCUUUAUUUCAAUAAGCUUGUUGAUUGCUUUAAAACCUCAAUCUGUCCAUCAUUACCAUCUUGCAGGUGAUAGUGCCAGAAUCAACCAAUGAAGACUUCCGACUCUGGCUAACAAGUUAUCCCUCAGACAGCUUCCCUGUGUCAAUUUUACAGAAUGGUUGGUUUCCACAAAUAGAUCUAAUCUCAUGACUCAAACGUAUUCUUAAGUCAUGCUUGAUUGUAAAAUAAUUCUUCAUCAUCAUUUAUAAAACUAUUAUAAAAAUAUUUCUAAAAUACUUACUCGUGUGUGGCAACGUGCCACUAUUUGCAACUGCUUUUUGGUAACAUUUUGUAUGCGGCAGUAUGCAACAGAUAGGAAUAAGAGAAUCCACUCUCAUAGUCAUAGUGUGACUGCUGUGGGUAACCCAAAGCACGCACACAUCCAUGGUCAUUUAAAGUAACACACAGCUGUGUACUGGGCUUAAAUUUUAUGUUUGGUUAUUGAAACGCGGGAGCAACCAUCCCUGCCCCGGGGUUGAUCCAUGAUCAGCUCGGGAUGCGGGUUCCCUUGUACUUGUGCGAUAGAAGGGGAGCAAACUGGGACUUGGGAUGUGUACAUUUUUUUAGAUUGUUGUGUGUAACGGAUACCUCGGAUCGUCAGCUUGUGUGAGAGAUUUUUUACUGUUGGCUCUGUCAAUGGAUUGUACCUAACGUAAAUUUAAAAAAACUAUAGUUCUCAGACCUGAUUGUGAUUUUUAAACUGUAAGCCACGUCACCUCUCGGCUACCUUUGGAAUGUAUUUAAUUCAUGACAACAAUUUUUUAAACUGUUCUUUAUUUAUUGAGAAAAAUUUCAAAUGAUUGACAGGUGUCAAAAUGACAAAUGAACCACCCAAAGGUCUCAGAGCCAACCUUCUCAGGUCAUAUCUAAAUGACCCCAUUUCUGACACCACCUUCUGGGAAGGCUGUAAUAAGGUAGGUAAUGUGUACUUAAGAUACCAUGGCAUGAAAAAAGUCAUAUUAACCUUCCGGCAGGCGCGCUCUUUUAGCAACAAGGCUGACGCUGUGUAUCAAUUUGAUAUCACUAAUGAGUGAUUGGUAAAAUUUGUUUUUUACUGAAAUUUUGUAAAAUAAUGAAUUUUUUAAAUAGUUUAACCAAAUUACAAUAUAAAAUUCAUCCCCAAUUAGUGUUUUUUAAAAAUUUCUACUAUAUCCUUGAGAUUCUUAAAAUCAAACAUUUUCCUACCAUCCGCCAUCAUAGACAUUAGAAGUAACCUGAUGUAUAUACGGAUCAGUAUAGAUAUCCGCCAUCAUAGACAUUAGAAGUAACCUGAUGUAUAUACGGAUCAGUAUAGAUAUCUCAUUUUGGCGCAAUGUAUCAAUAUGAUUUUUACUAUUUAAUUAUAAGAUAAUGUAUCAGUAUAUAUACAAAUAUGAAAAAAGUUUCUUACUAGAGCAAAAAAUAAUAUAAUUGUCAACUUCAAAAAAAGUAACGUGCAAAGACGAGGGGUAUCAGUUUGAACAAAACAGCCAAAAUCUACACUCUGAAAGCAUUUUCUACACACUUAGCAGCCUUGGCCUGUAAAGGAAAGGAAAACGUUAAGCUACUGAUAAGCAGAGCUCACUGUCAUCUCUCAUUAACGUGCCGGCGGAAGGUUAAUUUGGGGUUUUCAGUAUUUAUAAAUACAGUGGUCUCUUGUCUAUCAUGGGGGUUAGGUUCAAGAAAAUCCUGAUAUGCGAAAACCCAUAAAGUAGCAACCUUAUAUUUAUUUUAAUAUUUAUAUACAUUGUAAGACAUUAUAUUUUCCCACAAUAUUAUUAUCCUUUUCCACACUCUUAUAGCACUUCCCAUGCUCUUAAACAAUUUCUGCACUCUUAAACCUACUAAUUUUAACAACAUAUAAAAUGAUAUAUCAGUACUCAACAGUGAAUAUACUACACGUGAAUUUUGAAGACGAUGAUGAAUUUGGUGUGCAGUUACAGGUCUUUUGAAGGCACCACUUCAUUAGCUGGUGCAUUAUCUUUGCCCUCGUCCAUAAUGUCAGUUUUGCUAGAAGUUGUGUAAAUAAUCCAUUGUUUUUACUUUCAUUUUCUUAUCUUUUUCACAGCGUAAAGCUUGGCACAAGAUGUUGUUUGGCCUUUGCUUUUUCCAUGCCCUGGUCCAAGAAAGACGUAAAUUUGGACCUCUGGGAUGGAAUAUUCCAUAUGAAUUUAAUGAAUCUGAUUUGAGAAUCAGUAUGAGACAAAUGCAGGUUUGUUUACUUGAAGAAAAUUAUUUUUAUUAGAUUUUUAAAAUAAGUUUUUUGUUUAUCUAUUAUACAGAAAGUCACCAUGUUUUUUUUAAGAAGGGUUUUUUUUUUUUCACAUUUGAAUAGAGCCAAUCUUUUGACUUGGUCUCACUACUGGCCUACAUUUUAAUUUCAUCUUUCAAUUUUCAUUACAUAGUCUAAGGAUAAGUUGAAAAGCAAGUAUCUGAAAUCACAUUAUUAAAUGCCGUUUUAUUGAUUUGUGAAAAUGUAUUUUCAUCACCUGAUAUUGCAAUUUGGACUUAUUUUCCAUCACAGAUGUUUUUAAAUGACUAUGAUGACCUCCCCUUGCCGGCCCUGACAUAUUUAACAGGAGAAUGUAAUUAUGGUGGCCGCGUUACAGAUGACAAGGACAGACGUCUGCUGAAUUCACUUUUAUCAGUUUUUUACAGUGAAAGAAUUGUUUUAGAUGAUAAAUACAAGUAAGUUACGAAUAUAUGUCUCAUUUAUAUUGUUAAUGAUCUAUAUCAUAAAAAUUAGUAGUGUUAUAGUAAGAACAGAAAAGUUUAAAAACCAUUUUGAGCAUCUCAAAAAGUGUUGAUUUAAUUUUUUGUUUCAUAGUCUGUUUCGAGUUUUAGCUUUAUUUUCUUUAACUAUGACCUUUCUUAUUGCAUAAAUCUAGGCUGUCAUCCAGUGGCUUAUACUAUGCUCCACCUGAAGGACCUUAUCAAAGCUACAUUGAGUACAUCAGAACUCUCCCCUUUAUAGCCUUGCCAGAAGUGUUUGGGCUGCAUGAAAAUGCUGACAUUACGAAAGAUAACAAAGAGACGGCACUGGUAACUCUUCUCUUUAAUUUAGAUUUUUACUUCAAUGAAACAUAUUUUAACUGCUACAGUUUGAAAUUGUUAGUAUUGGUCUAACCCUCUGUAUUCAUAUUAUUAUAAACUUACACAUUCCUGAUCAUUCAUCAUUCUGUUUGACAUUUCCAUUUCUUAAUUAGUGAAACAUUAAAUCUUCAGCUUUUUGAGAGUAUAUUGCUAACAUUACCUCGUCAAUCUGGCGGUGGUGGACAGACAUCAGGAAACGCCAUGGAAAACCUGGCUGCAGAUAUCCUCAGCAAGCUUCCGCAAAACUUUGACUUGGAAUUCGUAAGACGUUUUUCUAUAGAGUAUUUUAAUGAUCAAGUACUGAGAAUGAAAGAAACUUGAUAAAUGAAGGACAUGGACAUAGUUGUUGACUCAUAAAGGUUUUGACAGAUGUGGAACCUAGAUUUUUAAUGACAUUUCUUUGGUGGGCGUGAUGUAGUGGAAAUAAUGAGAAGUUAAUCUACUCACAAAAUAAAAAUGUUAGGGAUCUUUUUUUAAUACACUCACUCUAACUCGUGUCAGUAUUAAAAAUUGAUAUUUUAUAGGUGAUCAACAAAUAUCCUGUGGUCUAUGAGGAAUCAAUGAACACUGUACUGAGACAGGAGUUGAUUCGUUUCAAUAAUCUGAUUUCUGUUGUCAGGAAAACCUUGAUCAACAUGAGGAAAGCGAUCAAAGGUCAGGAUAGUAAUCUUUUCUAUAUCAUUUGUCACCCAUAAGGAAUGUACUAUUAAUUCAGCCUUUUUUUAGACCUGUAAAAUUGAUUAAAACAUAUGUUAUUAUCUCAUGAUUUAAAAGGGGAGAAAUUAUUUUUGAUAUUUAAAUACAGUGCUUUAAAUCUUAAGGUCUGGUGGUUAUGUCAUCUGAAUUGGAAGAAGUAUUUAACAGCAUGCUAGUUGGCAAGGUGCCAGCAUCAUGGGCCUCAAAGUCAUAUCCAAGUCUCAAGCCACUUGGAAGUUAUGUGGCGGAUUUAUUGGCCAGGUGAGAGCUUUUCAUCCCAAGUUUGUAUUUAUCCGUCUGUUGUGCAUUUCCAUCUUUUAUUUUUCUUUGUUCAGAAUAAACAAUUUUUUUAAUACACUUAAUGUGCAUUGAAAGAAAUGGAACAUAUAGCUUUUGAUAUUUUUACUUUCCAUAGGCUGAAGUUUUUCCAAGAUUGGAUUGAUAAUGGAGCUCCUUCAACUUUUUGGUUGUCUGGCUUUUACUUCACUCAGUCUUUCCUUACUGGUGUGAUUUAUUAAUUAAAUACUAGACUAAUAUACAAAUAAUGUGUUUUCUAUAUUUUAGUUAUUUUCAUAUUUUAUUUAGUUUAAUGGAAAAUUUCAUGCCAAAGGUUUAUUAUAGUAUUACAGUUAGAAUUCAUAAAUAUUUUUCUCUGUAAAUACUUAUUUAUAAUUCUAUUGUAUAAAGGUGUUUCCCAGAACUACGCCAGAAAGACAACAAUUCCUAUUGAUCUCGUAGGUUUUGAAUUUGAAGUUCUGAAAGAUAACCCAACUGGCAAACCAGAAGAUGGAGCAUUUGUUUAUGUGAGUUAUGAAUUAUAUUACUUUGAAUGACUUAAAUGUUACAUUACUUUGAAUGACUUUGAUCUUAUAAUACUCAGUAAAUUGAUGUCAACAAAAUGUUAGUAUUAACAAAGAGUUGUCAUUGGAUUCUUGUGACAGAUGUGUUUAAUCAAAUGGAAAAGUUAUUUAAACAAUUAUACCUUGAAUAGUUUUAAAACCAAUCUUUUUAUUAUCUUUCAUAUCAGGGCCUCUUUAUGGAAGGUGCCAAAUGGGACAGAGACAAGAUGGUGAUUGGAGAAUCAGCCCCCAAAAUUUUGUUUGAUAUCAUGCCAAAUGUAUCCUUUUUUACCUCAAUUCAAAUAAUGUUUUUAAAAAUAUCUUUUACCUUUUUUUUUGUCAGCAAAUGAGCAUUAAACUUAUUUAUUAUUGAUGUUUUAUACUUUUUUUUUGUUUUCAACAAUGGAAAAAAAAUAGUUUGACUGGUUGGCAGUUCCACACUUUGAUUGAACCUUGAAUAAAAAUAAACCUGGUGCUGCUCCUUAACCAUGUCUCAGAUCUGGCUUAAACCAAACAGCAUCGAUCAGUUCCAAAAACUGCCAAGCUACACUUGUCCAGUCUAUAAGACAAGUGCCAGGCGUGGAACACUUUCUACAACUGGUCACUCUACCAACUUUGUGAUGUACAUUCAACUUGCGUCAGACAAGCCAGAGAGCCACUGGAUCAAUCGAGGCGUUGCCAGCCUGUGUCAGUUGGAUGACUAAAGAAUGUUAGAACACACUAGCCAUUCUCAACAACCGUCCUUCAUUUCACCAAAUUAAACCUGAUUUAUCCAUCAGUUGUACUUAUAAUGAUUAUAUAAUUUGUUUUCACCUUGAUUUAUUUGCAUUCAGCAAAUAUUGAUGCCUAAAAUAAAUAGUUUUUUUUUAAAUUGCCAAAUAUGUAUAUAAAAAGUUGCAUGUAAAAAUUGACAAGAAAUUUUAAGUUGUACCGGUACCAGAACAAUAAAUUGGAAAUUCUGAUGAAGUGUUAUUUUAUUUACACACCUAGUCUGUUACUUUACUAGACUAAUCCAGCAAUGGGAAAUGUAUGCCGAACAUAUUCCUAACAAUAUUUAAACAAUUUUAUUCGGAUAAGUUAGUCAUCGUUUUUGCUAUAUUUUUAUUUUACAGUCAGUAUUCUGUCAAUUCAGUAAAUAUAUUUCAUUUAGGUCUACAUUAUGUUCAAUAUGUAAUACAUGUACAAUUAAUGUGAGUUUGGCCUUUUCAAUUCAUUUGUUUUUCUAGAUGAAAGAUUUUUGAAAGAAAAUAAAUGUAUAAAGAUUAUUUACAUCUAUAAAUAUAUGUUUGUUUCCAUCCAUUUUAAAUCCAGCAUAAUUUCUUCAAUUUAAAGUUAAUUUUUUUCUCGCCAUGUUGAGCAUGUAUGAAUGCUUUUCAAUAAAUCUAAUACAAUAAUAUAUCUUGCUUCCAUGAUACUUUAAUCAAUGGACUAUUGUACCUGUAUAAAUGAUGGUUCAGAAUUUAUUCCCAAAUGAUCAUAUGUUGUGACCAACCAAGUUUGUAUUGGUUUAUUUUCACUCCUUAUGUCAUUUAUAUUGAUAUGGUAGUUCGGCAACUGAUUGCAAUAUCAUGGAAUAAAUUAUGUUGUUAGCUUUGUGAGAAUAAAUCUGGUAUGCAUGUUGUGUGACAAGUUUAAUCUUGCACAUAAUUAUUAUUUUAAAUCAAUGUAUAUAGCAAUAUUUAUCUCAAUAUUUACUUUUACAAUCUAAUAUUUACUUCUCAGUUUUUUUUUAUAGGUUUAAAUUAUAUUUUUGAAAAUAUUGUUUGCCACAAUAGAUAAAUUGUUAACUAUAAAUAUACAUAAGUAAAUAAUGAUAGCGGACAACUACUGACUUAUGCAUCGUCAACUGUUUCCCUAUAGAUUUCACAAUACACUUUGUAUUGCAAAAAAAUAAAUGAUUUAUUACUUGACAUGAUAUUAACUUAAAUGCGUGUUUAUACUUAAUUCAUGAUGUUAUAUACAAUGUUUGUAAUAUAUUUUAACGUCUGUGAUAUUUUUGUGUGCUGAAAAAUAAAAAAAAUUCCCUAUAAUUAUGUGUUAAAAUAAAGUGAAUUAUAGAAUAAGAUUUAAAAAAUUAUUUUACUUUAUUAAUUGUCAAAACUGUAAGUCAAAGAGCAGAUAGAUUUAGUUUGAAUAAUAAUUUUUAAUCUUAUAAAAUACAUGUGACAUUUGGAGGCAAGGCAAUAUAAGUUACUUGAGUAAUAAUCAAGUAUUAGCUGCACAAAUCUACUUUUACAAAGAGACACUUUAUACAGAAUCUAAUCCAACUGUUCACCCUUUUCAAUGCACUUUUAAAAGGAUAUUUUUAUAAAUAUUUACCAAGUGACAGAAAUAAUUCAUACUUUUUAUUUUAUUGAAGAAGGUCUUGUUAAAAAACAACUUUUUGUUUUAAAAUGAAUUAUCUUUAAGCUAACAGCCUAUUUUAUAAUAGCCCUCAUAAAGACAAACCGGAAUGAGUGCUCUAUUUUAUAAUAGCCCUCAUAAAGACAAACUGGAAUGAGUGCUCUAUUUUAUAAUAGCCCUCAUAAAGACAAACUGGAAUGAGUGCUCUAAAAAGAUCUUUAUAAAUCCUAUUUAUAUUUUAUCCAAAUGAAAGGAAUUUUAAAAUAUUUUUAGACAGAUAAAUAAAAUAAAUCCUCAGUGUAACUGAAAAUUUAUCAACAGGCAUGUAAUGAAUUCCUAGUACAUACAUUCUACCAAAAUAAUAAUUUUCAAUAGAAAGAUAACUUGAAAACUGUAUAAUAUGUUGUCUCACAAAAUAAUUAUUUACAGGUUUACAAAUAACAGUAAAUUUUUAAGAAAAGAAAAUUACUAUUUACAUCAUUAACCAACGUAUGUUACAGUGAUAUGUUUGAUAUGGUGGUGGAUGGCCCAAUGUUUUUCUCACUCACUUGUACACUUCCAGUCUUAACUGCAUGUACACUUCCAGUCUUAAUUGGAUGCACACUUCCACAAACUCAUUCAUUCAGGAAACACACACAAAAUAUACUACGCUAACGACUCAUAUUUUAAGCUCUUAAAGAUGAUAGCUGGUGAUGACUCUCUCAACGAAAUGAUUUUAAAAGAAAAAUUUGAAACACAACUGUCAAAUAUGUUAUAUUAAGGAAUGUUUAGUCUCAAACUGAGGAAAUGUAUACCAAACUUUUCAGCUUAUUAUUGUAAAAGUUUAACCUGGAAUGUAAAAAUUUAGACAAACUUUAAAAAAAACAAAACAUAUAUAUAUAAAAACACUACACAAAAUACAAAAGAAUAUAUAAAAUGGAAGACAAAGACAUGAGCAGGACACUGAAUCUGAGAUGAGUCGAUGUGUUACAGCCAUCAGCAUCCUCACAGUAGCAUGUUUCCAUAAACACACCUGUGUAAU